AUGUUCUGCUUACCCUUUCCGUUCAUUUGUUGCAAGUUCAGUUCACAACGCUAUAAAAUAAAGAACCGAAACAUUGCUUUCCAGCGCUAUAACGCUGCCCUUGAUUUUACUGUGAGCGACAAAAAAAAUAUAAAGGAUCUAAAAGCUAUUGCAGCAUAACGGACACGACAAACUGGCAGAUUUUAAAAGAAUGUUCUUUUUUCAGAUGUAUUGUCUGUCGACUGUAGCGCUUUACUGUAGUGGGCCACAUCUAACUGCUACACACAGAUAGAUCUAAGUAAAUAACUAAUAUAUAUAUAUAUAUGGUGAAGAGAGAGACACACAGAAAGAGAAAAAAUGCCUUUAGGAUAGGGCCUUCAAGCCAGGCAGCUGUCCCUGCCCACAAGAUGCUACAGCUGUUGCUUCGCCUUUGAUUUGUUUUUGUGGUUCCUCCUGAAAGAUUCAUUGCAGAUCUUUAUCGAAUGUCACUAAAAGGAGUACACAAGGAGCCACCUUAGUGCCUUUGAAUAUGGAAUCAUUCGUCUAACCCAGUGGCAUGAAUUACAUAUUGAUGGAUCUUGCAUGUGACACACUAGAUCUGCCCGGGAUCGAAUGUGCAGCUUUGCAGGAAUGCACCACACAUGCUUCAUCAUCAAGGUGUGGUUCCGGCCGAUGUCAAUAGCCAAGGUCAGAAUCCAAGCCAGAAAUGCAUUGUGGAUUUGUUUUCUGGAACGGGGGUCCCCAUGUAAAACCAGCAAACGCCCUGCGGCGCUGUUUGUACCGGAGGAUAAUCGCCCAAGCUACUAUUAACUGCAUGCCAAAGCACACUUUUCAGCAACACAUGCAAGAAAAGGUUCCAAGGGGAUACGCCGACAGUACAGCAGAGGGACGAGGUGUGUCCAGCUCCUGCAGUCAUGACAACUACGAACUGGGUUUGGAAGGGUGUUUUGGUUUGGAUUGUUUGUACAAGGGGCUCUCUUUAAAAUCCCCUCUUCAGCCAAGGUCAGCAUGUUGCUGGUCCAUUCACGCUUUGCUUACUUCACACUAAUCCACCGCAAGAGUGGCUUUAGCAUUAUGUACCACAUUGUGAUUCCCCCCCUUCCCACCCCCCUAAGCUGAGUUGUACACAUCAAUCAGGAAGUCUUCAUGGAGGUAAUUUGUGUGAAAUUGUCAGUGACGGGGGCGGGGGGGGGGACAGAAAUAAAGCCUCUGCAACAUGAUGUUGUGCUGUGACCAGCUUGGAGAUUUUGCCCUCGCCGUAAAUGUUAACUGUGGUGAGAAGGUAUCUUAUUCAGCCUUGCAAGAAAUCUGUUUGUUGCUGCUGCUUUUUUAAAAAAAUAGCUGUGAGGUGGAGUUAACUGGGAUAAACUUCCUUAAGUAUCCAAACUGAGGAAUUCUAAAGCCUGAGCUUCCUUUUGCUGGGGGUCAUUCCCAGUGAACGGCUUGUUUGCAACCUUGCAUAAAGUCUGUAGCAGCUUCCAGAUGGCAGCCAAGCAUUAUUAGCGAUAAUACCUUGCAUAGUUCUUGGUGCAAUAUGAAUGCUUCAACAUUUUUUUAAAAAAACAGUACAAUCCUAAACAUGUUACUUAGAAGUGGGCCCCAUUAAGUUCGUUGGGACCAAGACAUUCCACCGCUGAAAGUGGAGUCCGAAUCUCGCCUCCUGGCCAGCCCUGCUAAAGCCAACUCUUGCUGCAGACAUCAGUCCCUGCCUUCGUUUAUCCCCCAGCCCAGUGUGUCAUUUGAAUCAGGUUGCUUUGCUCCUGUGCAGAACUGCACCUGUAGUUGACCAGCACUGCCCAGCUUGCAAUAUACAGGCAACUUUCGUCGCUAGGGCUUACUGGAGACCACUCUCAGUUUUCUUUUCUGAAAGUGGGUUCCCCAUCAUUUUCACAGGGUGUCUACAUACAUAUUGCCAUGGCAGCCGAAGUCAGGGCAGCCCAGGCUAUGCAGCUGAUUUCACUGAUCUUCCAGGUGCCAUGAAGACUGGACUCUAGUGCACAGAUAGUCAACCCAGUGCCCUCCAGAUGUUGUCGGAUUCCAUCUCCCAUCAGCCCUGGCCAGUAUGGCCAAUGGCCAGGGAUUCUGGGAGUUGAAGUCCAGCAACAUCAUAAAGCAGGGGGGCCAACUUGAAUAAAAUAUUGGGGGGCACAGGUAAGCCCCACCCUGCAUAAUCAAUCACAUGAGACGGUGCCCACACAUUAUUUGAAUGGCACUCCCCAUCAACUUUGAGGGGGGGCUGAAGACCCUACAUCUCCUAGGAGUUGGCUCCUAUGUCAUGAAGGCACCAUGUCGACUAUCGUUGCUCAGCCAAUGUGGCCUUUGUGGUGUCCAUUUUAUCACACAAUGGACAGAUCUGUGCAUCUUUCCAAAUGGAAAUGAGUAAGGGGACGUUCAAGUUUUCUGACAGGAAACACUAUUUUAAUAGCUUUUUUAAAAGCCUUACAUUUAGUUUUCAUUUUUACACAACAUCGAGCACGUUCCCACUGUUAUUUAAAUAGUGGAAUUCGCUUUGUCCUUUUAACAUAAAAUCAGUGAGUAGUGCACUAGGAAAGGUGCUGUUCCUCCAACAGGUGCAGUGCCAUUUUAUGGGGGUAACCAUAUUUUGUUCAUCACCUGGAAAAGACUGAGGCUGCAAUCUCAACUCUUCUUUUCCUGGAAGGAAGCCCCAUUGAAUACAAUAGGACUUAACUUCUGAGUAGACAUGGUCAGGAUUGUACUGUUGGUGGUUGGAUACUAGGGCUCCAAUCCUGUACCUGCUUAUUCAGGAGUAACCCCACUGAACUCAGUGCAACUACAACAUGUAGAGGACAGUCCUGUGAUGCCCAAGCCACCUUGCAUCUGGUUGCAAGGAUGCUAAAACUUCUACAUAUUUAUAUACAUUUUGCUCAUGAAGGCCAAGGCUGUGCUUGUUUGCCACAAAACCUUGUUAAGUUGGCAGCGGCAGAGAAAAUAUAGUCAACUUUUACUCAGGAUGCAAGUCACUGCCAAAGCCGAUGAGAAAAUGCCAAUGAAUUUCCAGUAACACUAAAUAACUUCUGCAGAGUUGUUUUAACAGGUCUAUAAAAAUUAGGAAGAAGAUUUGAGGGAUCCCUUAUUUUUGGCACAUAAAUUGCAAGCCUAGUAGCUAUUUCUCUCUUCUUGCAUUUAAAACAAACACUGGUCUGGCUAUAGUUUUACAUUUUUACUAUGUACAUAAGCGAGAGUGUACUAUUAGAUAUAUAUUUUUGCAGUAUUGAGACACACCUUUGGUGAUAAUGAAAACAAGAUCUUAUUUUGUCUUUACCUAAGGAAAAUCACUUUGAAAUUGAUUGCAUAAACUCUGUACCCAGAAAAAGUUCCCAAAUGCAAAUACAUUGCUGAUCCAAGAUAUUUACAUAGCUAUUGUAUGCUUACAAAGUAUAAUAACUGACACAUUUUUUUUUUAAUUCUGCAUGUUCUACAGCCAAGGCUACAAUCUGCACAAUAAAAGCCGUUUUAAUAGAAACUUUUGCCUGAAUACUUAUUUUCUCAAAAUAUCUGCUUGCAAACAAAAGUUUCACAUAAAGCCCACUGUGGGAAGGGAAGACCAAUCCAUUGAAAACUGCAUACAGUGGUGCUAUCAAGCUUUGCCCUAGCAUUGACAGCUAGUGGUUUAAAACCUCUGCGGCCAUGUUUUCCCCAUACAAUUCCUUCCCCAUACAAUUCCUGUCCCAUUUCUCUUAGGGGAGCUUAUUCUACAUUCAUUCAAGGCAAAUGGCAGCGAGGAGCUCUGUACCACUGACUAUUUCAGAAGCUUUAAAAGCACCUCUUCGCCAUUUGCAAAACACCAACAUUUUUGGGAGUCUACUCUGUUACUGCCAGACUGUUUUAUUGGGUACAUAAGAGCAGCUGCGUGAGUUCGCCCUGUUCCCCACCCUAAAUCUCUCUUGGCAAUCCGUCAAUCGCUCAAACAUUUUGUUUGCUGCUCAAAUAUUUGUCCUUUAUCUUUCAUGGUGGUGAAUGCAAAGUUAAAAGACAUCGCUUUGAGCAGACACCUGAAUGAUGUGACAAACAUCCAGCAGAUUCUUUGACUAAGCUAGCUUAACACAGCUGUGUCUAGAACUUUAUUCUUGAACGCACCAACUAGGGAGUAAACUUCAAUGAAAAUGAGCAGAAUUUAGGGCUUAUCCACACUCACCUUUCGCCCCUCACUUUCCAAGCAGAGGUCUGUACUUUAACACUCCAUGUAUGAGCGAUUUGGGGAAAUUUUGCCCACAAAACCCCACAAUUUAAAGCUGAAUUGAAGUAAACAUCAAUUUGGAUUUUCCAUGGGGGAAAACCUUAGGAAUAAUUUUGAUUUUUACUCAUCCUAUCUGUUUUCUAUCUACCAUUCUCCUUCACUGGAAGUUUUUAAGCAGAGGUUAGAUGGCCAAAUGUCAUGGAUGCUUUAGUUGAGAUUCCUGCAUUGCAGGUGGUUGGACUAGACUUUGGGGUCUCUUCCAACUCUACAAUUCUAUGAUCUAUGAUCUAUGUCUACAGUUUCCUUGUCCCAUUGUCUUUUGCCUUCUCCUUCCUUCUCAAAAAUGUUUAUGCUACCUCUACAAUGACUGCCCUUGGGUCAGUGUGCAAUCAGCCAGAUGAAGAUCAAUUAAUGUGGUAUAGGGGAGGACAGAAGAUAAACCUGUUCACUGAAAGCAGAGACCAGAUGUUAAAAUAGCACAUCCCAUGGGAUUCAAGGUGAGUCAUUUCCCCCAAAGCAUGUGUGGGGGUGGAAUUUAAGAUGCAGCAUGGGCAGAAGAGAGUGCAGAAUCCUUCCUAUACUUGUAUUUUUCCUUCCACAAUGUUUCCCCACUACUGCAAUGCACUCUGCAUGGGGCUACCUUUGAAGGUGACCCAGAAACUACAACUAAUCCAGAAUGUGGCAGCUAGAUUGGUGACUGGGAGCGGCCGCCGAGACCACAUAACACCGGUCUUGAAAGACCUACACUGGCUCCCAGUACAUUUCCAAGCACAAUUCAAAGUGUCGGUGCUGACCUUUAAAGCACUAAACGGCCUCAGCCCUGUAUACCUGAAGGUGCAUCUCCACCUCCAUCGUUCAGCCCUGACACUGAGGUCCAGCUCCAAGGGCCUUCUGGCAGUUCCCUCCCUGUGAGAAGUGAGGUUACAGGGAACCAGGUAGAGGGCCUUCCUGGUAGUGGCACCUGCCCUGUGGAACACCCUCCCAUCAGAUGUCAAGGAAAUAAACGACUAUCUGACUUUUAGAAGACAUCUGAAGGCAGCCCUGUUUAGAGAAGUUUUUAAUGUUUGAUGUUUUAUCAUGGUUUUAAUAUUCUGUUGGGAGCCACCCAGAGUGGCUGGGGAAACCCAGCCAGAUGGGUGGGGUAUAAAUAAUAAAUUUAUAUUAAUUAUUUGAUUAAUUAAUAACAGCCAUGGGGCCAAGUUAGCAAUCCUGCUCUGGUGCAAUGUAAUAAAUGUUGAUGUAGCAUUUACCUUGGCUCCAUUAAAGUCACGAAUGCAAAUUUUGCUCAGGAGUGGGGAAACCAUUGAUGUCCACUCCACCUGCCUUUUAAAAAAUAUUAUUCCUUAAUUGUUGUGUGAUGACAGCCUGAAACGCAUCACUGGAAUUAUCCCCUCUGUUAGUGAUGAUCAGGGUUGAGUGCCAAUCUUUAUGUAUCUGAAAUGAUACUACCAACAUACAAGAUGGGGUGGUGGUGGUGGUAUCAGUAUGCUCAGGGAACCCCAACAUUUGCAGACGUAUAAAAAAUAUUUGGGGAACAGCCCCAAGUGGGCCAAAACAACAACAACCACCCCCAAACAGCACAAUGAGGACUGGGCACGCCCAGUUACUGCAGAAUGUUGAGUGUCUUUUGGGAGGGGAGAUAGAAAUUAGAGAGGAUGAAUGGUGUAUCCUGGAACAGGGCGUGGCUGACCUUACUCUGAGCAGGGGAACUCCAUGCUGCAAGGCUUUGUGACAGCUGUUAUUUGUUUUUCUUAUUAGUGAAUCUUCAUACUGAAGAAAAUGUCAGUGACUGGAUUUUUGCACAGAAGCCAUAUCAAGAGGGGAAGUACUAACCCUAAUUUCACCCCUUCAGCAAAGGCAGCAGACCAUCUUAUACCUAAAUGCUCUGAUCAUAGUUAGAUUCCUAUAGACACUUUACUCGGGAGGAAAUCCCAUUGAAGUCAAUGGAAUUAUAUGUGAGCACACAUAUUAGUGGCGACUAAUAGAAGUCUCACAGAUUUUUUUCUGCUGACUUUAGUUGGAUCAGGACCAAACUUAUUUCUGGCACGUAGGUUGUUUCAUUAAAGAAAGGUAGAUAAAGGUGCAGAAUAUAGCACAUUCAGCUGCAGUAUUUUUAGAAGCCAAUUAUGACAGAUAUCCUAAAGAAAAGGAAGUGCUAUCAUUUAACAAUAGAUAGAUAGAUACUUAGACACAUGAACACACACUAUGUGUGCAUGAGUGGGGUAAUAAUGAGAUAUCACUGAAUCUAGACAAUAGCAAUAGUAACAUACAUACAAUAUACAAUAUAGCAAUAGUAACACACAUAGGUUAUGGGCACAAUUCAACAAAAGUUUAUUGAAAACAAGUCAGCUGGAGCUAAUGGCUCCUGACUUCCCUCCUUCAGACCUUCUUUCAAUACAUGGGUGACAGGGCAGGGACAAGGGGGCAGAUUGAAUAAAAUAUUUUGGGGCCAGGUAUGCCCCACCCCACAUAAUUGAUCACUGAAACACAGAACACUUGCGGCAUUUGAACGGGGAGGGUGCUUAAAUAUUUUAUUUGGGGGGAGCUGUAAGGACCUCGGCCCCUAGGAGUUGGCUGCUAUGGGGCAGAGGUUGAGCUGGUGAGAGCAGAGCUCCACUCCCCUUCUCCAGACAAUUGUGAUUACAGUUGUGUAAUCACACAAUUGUAAUGAUUUAGAACAGUGGUUUGCACCCUUUUGGGUAUGGUGACCCACAAAUCCAACUUUACUUUUUUGGUGACCCAUCAAUUUAAUGUCAGAUGUGUUUGGGACCUCAGAUCUUCAGUAGCUGUGAGUUUUGUGUAUUGUAACUGCAAGUUUGCCUCUUUCCCAACCAUUACUUGAAGGAUCCAAAUUUCCUUAACCGGCUGGAAUUGGCGGAACAGCACUUAGAAAGUUAUUCACCAUUUUCUUUAUGUGAAUGUACAACCGUUGCCUCUGAUGUUUGGGUUACACAGCAUUGCACUACAAGCAAUUUGGGGUUCACUUAUAAAGCCUGUCACCCACUUGCAUAGCCUUUGCAAUCCACAAGUUGGGAAAUGCCCAAAUAGGGCUUUAGCCACGCCCGACUUAUCUGUGCAUGUGAUUGAAGUCAUGUGGCUCAAAAGAGCAGAGAUGGGCCAAUUGCCCUCAUCCCCACCACUGCCCACUAUAUAUGCAUUGAGUAAGGCUUGAGGGGAAGAACCUGCCGUAAGUGCAUAGGCUUUCUCCGUUAUUUCGAAUGCUUUCCACAGUUUUCAGUAGAAAGCCAUUGUGGCAAGCACCUGUGGAUUGUGCCCAUCUGUUCCCUGUCUUCCAUAAGCUGUGGAAGUUUAGGGAAAAGACCCCAAAUUAAGUGAUGAAUAUGAGAAGAUAUUGGAAAAAUCACAUUAUUAUUUUUCAGUGCUCUUCGUUUUUCCAACUCUGAACGCUUUCCCAAUGGCUAACUUAAAUUUGCCAUUGCAAGUUUGGCUUUGAAAAACAGAUACACCACUUCUUCUUCUUUGGCGAUCACUCGUAGCCGAGUAAGAUUGUCUUCCAUAAACACAGUUUUAACAAUGAGUCCGUAAGUGACUGUGGAGGCCAAUUCUGGAUCCACAUGUUCUUCCACAGCGGGGACAUUGGGUUCCGGGUGGGAGUUGAUCACGGUGUGGAUUUGCCAAGUGUGCCUUCCUCUUAGCACAUUUCUCCCUUGCGUCCUGAGUUCGAGUGUCUUCAAAGCCCAUGACACCUUUGGUAAAGGCUGUUCUCCAACUGGAGCGCUCGCAGGCCAGUGUUUCCCAGUUGUCAGUGUUUAUACUACAUUUUUAAAGAUUUGCCUUGAGACAGUCUUUAAACCUCUUUUGACCACCAGCAUUACGCUUUCCAUUUUUAAGUUCGGAAUAGAGUAGUUGCUUUGGAAGACGAUCAUCAGGCAUCCACACAACAUGACCAGUCCAACGAAGUUGAUGUUGAAGAAUCAUUGCUUCAACACUGGUGAUACACCACUAAACUCUUCAUAAUAUGAAUGCAAAUGAUGCCAUCUACUGGCCAUAUGCAAAAUUAUCCCAGAAGGGGGGAAAUGCACAGAAUAAGGCAAAGAUAAUGCUUUUUUGACUGGGAAGCCUGUUCAGUCAUUUGUUCCUCUUCUUUCCCACUCCCGUUUUAAAAAUCCAAAAACUACCACAUGGAUCCUGACUAAAUUAGUUGCAUUUGGUUCCCAUUGAAAUCAGUGGGACUUAAGUCAUGAGUAGAAUCAUAGAAUUGCAGAGGGGAAAGGCACUACAAGCGUCAUCUAGUCCAACCCCCUGCAAUGCAGGAAUCUUUUGCCCAGCGAGGAGCUUGAACCCAUGACCCCAAGAUUAAAAGACUCAUGCUCUAUGAACUGAACUAUCUCACUGAUUACAACAUAGUGCUUUCAACUAUCUCACUUUUAGAAGACAACUGAAGGCAGUCCUGUAUAGGGAAGUUUUUAAUGUUUCACUGUGUUUGAUGUUCUAAUUUGCUGAAAGUUGCACAGUCAGAUGGGCAGAAAGUUGUUGUUGUUCAGUAUAUGUUGUGAAUGUGCCUGAAACCUGAAACCUGCAGUCUCAAUCCCACUUAACCUGGGAGUAAGUCCAAUCAAAAUCAGUUGAAAUGAAAUCAUCAUCAUCAACUUAUUUCUAUGUAGACAUGGUUAGGAUUAAGCUAUUACAGUGGUACCUCAGGUUAAGUACUUAAUUUGUUCCGGAGGUCCGUACUUAACCUGAAACUGUUCUUAACCCGAAGCACCACUUUAGCUAAUGGGGCCUCCAGCUGCUGCUGCGCCUCCGGAGCCCAAUUUCUGUUCUCAUCCUGAAGCAAAGUUCUUAACCUGAAGCACUAUUUCUGGGUUAGCGGAGUCUAUAACCUGAAGCGUAUGUAACCUGAAGCGUAUGUAACCUGAGGUACCACUGUAGAUAGUUUCACAUAGUUCCUAAUAAUAAUAAUAAUAAUAAAUUUUAUUUAUACCCCGCCCUCCCCAGCCAAGACCGGGCUCAGGGCAGCUAACAACCAAUAUUAAAAACAAGUUGAUCAAAAUACAAUUUAAAAAACAAGAUUAAAAUACAACAUUAAAACAUUAAGAUGCAGCCUCUUCACAGGAGGAUACCUGUGAUACCAUUUUAAACCAUGGCCUACCCAAAAGAAUUCUGGGAGUUGUAGUUUGUUAAGGGUGCUGAGCAUUGUUAAGAGACUCCCAUUCCCCUCACACAAUUACACUUCCCAGAGUUCCCUGUGAGGCGGCAUUAACUGUUAAACCAUUCUGAGAAUUGCAGCUCUGGGAGCGGGGGAAGAAUAGGGCCUUAACAGAAGUAAGCAAAAUAAUGAUAAUUGUAAGUAAAGCUGCAACAAGAUACUGAUUCAAGGGCUAUUUGCUGAGAUAAAACAUGACAGAGAUGCAAUGACUGAGGGGGGUGGGAUUCAGGGAUGGAAAUGUCGUUCUGCCUCAUAAAUUGUUUAGCCACAAAGGUCGGUAGGAUUACAGCAUAAGAGGUAGGGGAAGAAAGAGAAAGAACAAACCCUAUCCAGUGUUUGAAAUCUGUUGAUUACUUCCCUAGGAAAUGGACAGGGAGAUCAGGUUUUGGAUAUCACAGGGAAACAAUUAAUGCGAAACCCAGAGAUCUUGAAACAUGUGUGUCUAAAUCCAGCUCUUCUCCUCCAGCUGUUCUUUAGAAUAGCCAUAUAACUUUGGAAGCACAUUUUUUUUAUGCUGCAGAUUUCACAUCAAUGCCAGCCUAACGGCACCUGUGCCUUGACCUCUGCUCUGAGCGGGAGGAGAAGCCAGGAAGCCGGAUGGAUUUUCUGGGUGAAAUUAUUUCUGUAUUAUGAGGAAUGCUGUUCUUCUUCAAAUACGCCAACCUCCUUUGACAAUUGCAGUGCUCUUUGUAGCUUUUGCAGUGUGGGGCACUCCGACUUCAGACCUACCCGAGAGAUAACUUGGCAAACCAGAGAUCUUGGAUUUUGUCAAGUUGGUCUAGGCACAGAGGGACAUCAGCGUGGCGCCCAUGGGUGCCCAUGUGCCCAUAAAGACCUUCCUUGGAACCCACAGGGUCCCUCCCCUGCCCACUCUGAAAUUAGGCUUAAAAGAAGCAUUCUGUGGUAACCAAUAGAACAGGUUGUGUUUAAUACCUUUGUGUCACAUCCACAACAGUCUCUCCAAUUUUGCAAGGAGAACUCUAGGACCUUACCAGAGCCCUCACACCUUCUCCCCAUAGUCCAGAGCUUACUAGGCUUUGGGAAGGAAGCAGGGAAGUCCCCUCUGUCUUCUGUCAAGUUGUCCUAAACCCAUGUUAAGGAUAAUGAUUUGAUUUCCUGAAAUGGGAAUGUUUGUUUAUGUUAAAUUACUGUGUACUUUUUAACAUGGGUUGCUGUUUUCCCCUCAGGCAGUAGCUCUCAUGUGAUUGGCUGACUGUGAGUCACGUGAGAGAGGCAUUCCAUUCUGUUGUGACUGUUAUUCUAGUAACUGUCGUUUUGUAACUGUCUUUCUGCUUCUCUGUGUGUGUGAGGGAGAAUGGCUGCUGAGAGAGGUUUCUCAGGAUACUACUGUGUGUCAGUGUGAUCUGUCUGAAGUGAGGCAGACAGAGGAAGAUCCCUAAAAGUUAAUAGGGAGAAACCUGCACAGGAGCUCUCUGUAAGGAACAGAGAGAAUACUUCUGAGGUGAAAGGAACAAAACCUUUCAUAAUAAACUGUAAGGCCUGAAUAAGGUAAGACUCGGGUGCAAUUCUCAAUACUGUUUUGUUUAUAAGUCUAAGUAAGACUUCAGUCUACAAAUCAAGUGAGAAUGUACCCUUGUUUGAACAAGCAUGUGAUUGUAAAUACAUUCUUCUCAGUUAUAUGUUUAUGAAAGUCAGUGCUUUUUUCCUUAAAAUAUGUUUAGGGGUACUCUCAUUUUCCUAAUAUUGAAAUACUGCCCCUCAAUGAGGCCAAACUUAGAUUCACAAAAUGUUUACGGGUAUGCGUACCUCUUCAUCCCCCCAGAAAAAAAGGACUGGAGAAAGUAAACAAAAGAGUCUGGAUAUUAUAUAGUCUUCACAAAGAAGCUAUCAAUCACCCAGAAGAGUUAUUUAGCUUCCUAGCUGUAACCUACUCUGCUAUUUUGCAUAUCAUCAAAAUUUAUUUUACAUGCAUAACAACCCGACUCUGUGGUAGGUUUUCUCCAUCCUAGACCCUACAUCAGAGAUAGCCAACACGGUAUCAUCCACAUGUUGUUGGAUAACAACUCCUGUCAUCUCUGACCACUGGCCCUGCUGGCUAGGACUAGUGGGAGUUGGAUUCUAGCAACAUCUGGAGAUCUAUCUCUACCUUACAACUGGAAAGCAUAUAAUAUAUCUGAAAUGCACUGUGAUUCCUUUCCAUACCCAUCAAUCUAAGCAAACUACAGCACUGGGGGCUAAGCUAAACUCAAGGCAUGUGUUGGCAGAGGUCUUCAGAACAUAGCCCAGAGCCUCCAAGCCCUGCAGGUUCCCUGUCAUUCCAGAAAUGAAUAGCAGCUAGCUCCACUGUGUCAUCGCAAAGCGAAGCUGAGAUAGUCUCUUGCCUGGAAUUUUAAAAAGGAUUGGCUGUAUCUGGAGCAUAAUUAAAUUAUAGGAAAACACUAUAAAUAAGUAUAUGUUUCCUAGCCACAGGAAAGGAAGAGUUAUAGAUAGGUGCUCUUGGGGAAGUGAUGGAUAUCUUCAGGCUGAGAACGGCAGAGAGGUAAUUUUCCCCACAUCAAUAAUAAAGACCUUUAAUUCUUCGCUUCCACUUGAGCCGAUCAAUAGAGGUUACAAAUGUUCGGCAUAAGGCAAUAUAUUCCAGCCUAAGUUUACAUUUAAAAUGCCAAAGGAUUUGGCCCCCAGCCAAGUUUAAUAAAUAAAAUAAAAUAAAAUCUCUGUGUGGAGAAUAAAUCACCCUUUGGAAUUCUUGGCCAGCAUGAUAAAGCUUUAACACUUGAGGGAGUUUAUUCACCGUUGCACAGCCUUACGUUUAGCUUCAUUGGAAUCAACAGGCAGCACAGGCCGGGCCUCAAGUUGAACAGAAAGAAGAGGCAAUGAAGCAUUUUAUAGGUGUUUUCAGUAUCUGUUUGGAUUAUUGCAAAGGACUGAGGGCCAGUUUGCUUGAUCCAUAUAAAUGGAGGCUGAUUGGGAUUAUUACAGAGUUUGGCACAUACGUCAGACAAGACACAAUGUUAAAUAUAUAUUUCUAUUUAAUGUGCUUUUUUCUUAAAUUCACACAGAUACCAGUCACUGGGGGCGGGGGGAGCUGAUAAGCAUAUGGGGGUCAGCAGGCAGGCAGGGAGGGAGGGUAGGAAGGUAGGAAAAGGAUUAAGUGUCCUUAACUCCCCACCUUAGCCAUUGAUAGGUAAAGGUAAAGGGACCCCUGACUAUUAGGUCCAGUCGUGGCCAACUCUGGGGUUGCAGCACUCAUCUUGCUUUAUUGCCAAGGGAGCCGGCGUACAGCUUCCGGGUCAUGUGGCCAGCAUGACUAAGCCGCUUCUGGCGAACCAGAGCAGCGAACGGAAACACCGUUUACCUUCCCGCCAGAGCGGUACCUAUUUAUCUACUUGCACUUUGACGUGCUUUCAAACUGCUAGGUUGACAGAAGCAGGGACCGAGGAACAGGAGCUCACCCCAUUGUGGGGAUUCAAACCACCGACCUUCUGAUCGGCAAGUCCUAGGCUCUGUGGUUUAACCCACAGCACCACCCACGUCCCAGUUAGCCACUGAUAUUCCUCUCUAAAUUCCCUUCUCACAAAGAUGCUUUUAAUUUUUCUGAAAACGGCACUUAGACUUUGUCAUGGGAGUUUUACAAGUCCCAUGUCAUUAAGCUGUGUCCAGGCCAACACUUUUUUCCUGAAUUUCAUUUCUAUGUACUUCUGAAUAUCUCGUCUCUGGAAUAGUACCUCUACACACGAUCCCCAUUCAUCUAGGAUUUCAAUGUGUGCGUUUUUUUUAAUGCCUCCCCACCAACCCCCUGAAAAAUAUAGCACUGACAUUGUGUGCUUGUAGAAGCAAACAGGGAGAGCUCCCCAAAAUGGGGAUGUGGCUUGAAACUGAGUCAAAGAACUGGGUUUGGUUUCUACUAAGAUAAAUGAUCAACAAAUAUUAGCAGGGCAUCUAUGGCAGUGUACAAACUCCUGUUUACUCUGCAUCCAGUGAACUCCCGCUGCUGGUUUGGAAAGCAGUGCACACACAAGGUUAGCAACCCAUAUCUCUCCUGUCAUUUUAGUCCAAAACAUUUGGAAGGCAUCAGAUUGGAGAACCCCUGCCAUGAUCAAAGUAGCAUUGCUGUCAUGUUGCGGAAUUUUUGGAUACCAGAUAAAAUGCCCGGGAAAACUGAAAACUUAGGUUAAAAACUUCAUUUCACUGGAGAUUUUGCAAAAAAAGAAGAAGCGCUCAACAACUUUUGUGUUCGUAUUUUCACUUCUUGAAAUAUGGCAACCAGGUCUGGCAAGUAGAAGCUCACACAAGAAAUUACAUGUGGGUGAUAGAUCUCAGAAUCUGGUGUAGACUUUGCCAUGUUAUUGGGUGACUGUAUGGGAGGAACAUACUGUAUUCAGGUGUUUGCCUGAAUGUGUGUCCAUGGAUGGAGAACAGGAGUGUGCCCACAAACCCAACACACACCCCUAAUGCCCCCCUGAGGCAAGACACAGUGAUAACAGCAAGAACCUUUAUUGAGCUGACAGAACUGGACAACAGGGGCAAAGCAACUGUUUAUAUACAUUUCUGAAGGCCUGGGCCACUCCCACUCCCAACAUGAUUGGCUGUCUAAACUUCCAAGCUGCGAAUCAUGACUUAGAGUUUAAGGGCCAAUGGCAGAGGCCCAAAUCCUGAAAUGUUCUGUGAUUGAAUAUCAUGUAUCGAAUCAGAACACAGGGGCUCAGAAUCCUUAGUCCAGACUCAAGCUCAGUCAAACAAAGUCCACUGAAUACAUAACACACACACCCUAUGCAUUGUCCCACAUGGCCACCCCCAUACUGAGUGACGUAGGUCUUCAGUGGGCUUCUGCUCAUGUUUGCUUGACUGUGCAACAUUUGCAGAAACUUCUGUGCAAUCAGAGCUGGAUCCCCAAUCGCAUGAGGUGUCCUACUCAAGUUCAAGAAGACACAUGUAGAAGCCCUCUAACUCAACACUGAGGAUGGGGGGAGGUUGCAAGAUGCAGGAGAAUGUUGGGUGUGGGGCUUGAAACAUACCCCUUUCCCCAUCCAAACUUCUGAGUGCUUGUGCAUGCCAGCAUAUUCCCGAACACACUUGUGGUUCCACCUUGAAUGGUGAAGAGAUCCAAACUUGGGCAAGUUAAUGCCAUCAUUCUGCCUCGUAGAUUUAAAGCCUUGCUGAUUUGCCUGGAUUUAUCGUUGAGGUCAAUAGCUGCUGUGCUGGACCACAAAAAGUAAUGAGAUAAUUAAGCUAAAACCUAUGUCAGAGGGAGAGGAAUAUCUUAGCUUUCGGCAUAAAUCCACUGUUAAUGUACUAGUAUGGUCAUUUACUGUGCAGAGAAAUCACUCUUAUUGAGCUUGAGACAUAUUGGUUAAUAUAGUACGUAGACAGUUUGGCCUAUGGGGAAAAGUUAUGUAGCCACAGCGCUGGAGAAGGUUCUAUUGUCCUGUAGUGUUAAUGGAAAUGCAAAGCGUUCUAAUUUAUAAGGCCACAAAUUUCUAUAAAAUGUGGUUAUAUUACCUCCCUCCAUAUAUCUGAGGUGAAGAGGCAGAACUCCCAGGUCGAAAAGCACUGCUUUGAGUGACGGUUUGUUCCUCCUUUCUGAGGAAUUAAAUGCUUGUUCGAGGUGCUUGGCCUCUCAGCUCUUGGUCUCCCUGUAUGGAUUUAGAAAAGCUGGAAGCAUGGACAGCCCUUGACUUGAAUUUCGUUCUCCAACUAGUUGGCCAGUCCGCUGUAAAAGAGAAGGAGGAGAAAGAGAGCGAGAGCAAGCAGAAUCCAUAGGGGAAUUUUUAUUCAGACUGCAACACACUUGGAUGUUUAACCCUUCCAUCCCCAGCCAUGAAUCCCUCAAAAAUCCCACCCAGGCUGCAAUUAAUCUUGAAAAUAAGGGUUCCAUUGUCUCCAAUGGGAACAUUUUUCCUAAGGCUAAUUGCCUUAGAAAAUAUUCAUUUUUAAACAGAUCUAUACUCAUAAUUUUGUGGUUCUGGCCCAUCUGAAUGUUGCCUGUAUGGGACUGCUUCUUGCAUAGAACAUUGACUUAUUGGUUAAAAAAAUAAAUAAAUCCUGAUAUGUAAAAUUAGAUUCUCUUUCCCCCUCUCUCCUCAAAAUCCAAUUUCCUGGAUUUCAAAGAUACUUUGGUUACACCCACACCCUACAUUUAAAGCACUCUCCAACACUUUAAAAACCACAGAAACUUUAGUUUGUUAAAGGUACUGAGAGAGCUGUGAGGAAACCCCCUCGCAGAGCUAUAAUUCACAGCACCUUUAACAAACUACAGUUCCCGAGAUGGUUUCUUUGGUGGGGGGAAACCAUGACUAUCAAAGUGGUAUGAGAGUGCUUAAAAUGUAUAGCAUGCUUUUUUUAAAAGGAGCAUUUCGUACAAAAAUGCAAAUGUACAAUCUACGUAUUUUGACAGAUCCAAUGUAUGUUUGACGUCCUGCUGGUACAGCCUAACUUCCAUCUGUGAAGGAAAAUGAAUUUCUGUAGUUUAUAGCAUAUAUGUAACUCCACAUAACUGUACAGGCAACUCCCAUUUGUACAGGGCUUGCAUUUGGAUGCACUGCACAUGUCAGCGGGGUGCAUGUAAGCCUGCCCCAUUCUGCCCUGUUCUGCCCCCUUCCGGGACUGAAAAUGCUGCACACAUCAGUGGUUGUGUAUGUGCAGAACACCUGCAAACAGGGAGUUACAUGUACCAUAGUUUACUAGCUGUAAAGUCCUAUCACAUUUGAUGGGCAGUGAGGCAAGAGGAGUUACCAGAAUCCUACUCGCUCCUUGCAUCCUACCUUAUACUUUCACUCAUCAGAAUACAUUUCUGCAUAUCUGGGGAGCUCCUCUUUAUAGGAAAAAAAUCACUAUCUUGACUGUGGGUGGCCUCAUUUUGCUGCCAGCUGAUUGGCCCAAAGCCACAAAGUGUGGCACUAGAAGGGGCGAUUGCAAAGAGACCCCUCCUAUUAACUUCUGCCUCCAGUCACAUUUUGAACAAAGGCUAGAUUAAUUGCCAUUUUGCAAAUUAUAUGUUCUGUGUUUGGGAAUCCUAAAUAUGGCAAAACGACAAAGAAAGCAGACAAAACGAUGGGCCGGUCCGCAAAAAUGGUUUGAUGAAACGACUUAGUAAAGUUCUGUUUAGCAGAGCCUGUUGUUGUCUCUCUUCAGUGUCACAAUGUGCCAGGAAUCAAAUCAAAAGUCAGGAAAAUAAAAUAAGAGAGACGUUAUCAAAGAGGGGGGAAAUAAAACCCACAAAACUUACAAAGGCUUUUCCAAAAAAAAUGUAGGCAUUAAAUCCACAAGAGCUCUUUGUACUUCAGCUCCAAUAGAUGACUAGAAAGUCUCUUCCAGGAAAGAUUUCUCUCGCUUUUCUUCAGAAAAUAGGCCACCUGAGUGUUUGGCUUCUUGCUUACCUCGCUGGCAUGUGAACUCAUAAGUAUUUAAUCAGAAUUUUCUUUUGCUCAAAGAGAAAUUUCUUUGAGGCAAAUCCUUCUAAGGCUGAGCUUUGUUGUCCUGUGAAGUGUGCUUAUUUCUCUCUGAUUUUCAAGAAUCGCUACAUAAGAAACUCCAGAGUCUUCAAUAAAAGUAUGAAUUUUUUCCACAUUUCCUUGGCACACAUCUUUAAACUGGAGGCGCAGCUGCCUGCAAGGGAUCAUUAGUUUAACUGAAAUGAAGAUGUUUCUAAUUCAGAUCCAUUCAGAAGGAGAAGAAAGAGGUAGGAAGGAUGAGGAUGAGGUGUAUAUUUAAAAGAAAGGUUAUGUUAAUGUGUACAGGGUAACCUCCAGGCUGAGGUUGUACAGUAAAGGGUCUGUGUUCCUCUGGAGAAUUGAGACAUGGUGGAGACUGCUGUAGCUUUAAGAUAUAUGAUUUAUUCACCUACUUACACCUUCGGUCUGCAUGGAGGGAGUCCAGAUCUUACAGCAUGGACAUUUCAAGAAGGUCUUGUCCCCCACAACAGUGCAGCCCUGGAGUCCAAGGCAUCUCUCCCAGCCAGCCUUCAGCCAGCCUGCCCAAGAUGGAUCCCAGUCUUUCUUCUCCCUUCUUCCCGGAACACCCUGCUAAAAGCGCUCUUUUCCUGUCACCUCAUACCCAGUUACCCUGGCAACCUUCCAAAUCCCCAGUUUCUGUUCACACCUUGGGGCCAGGGGAAGGACAGUUCUCUUGCAUUGCCAAUGACUCUCAAUGGCUCUGUAUUGUUCCUUAAUGGCUGCAGCUUGGCCAGGCUGUUUUGCAUUGGUUGGUUCAGGAAUUCCUCUGCAGCUUGUACUUCUUAAUUCAUAUCCUAAAUAAACAAAAUCCUACAAUUUAUUAAUUUAUAGGGUUUGGGGGGGUCUCCCCCAAAUCUAUGACAGUAUAAAAGGGGUCUUCUUCUUUUUUAACCUGAUGAUCCCAUGGAGGCCCAGUCUUCCUGGACAAUCUUAGAUGGGGCUCUAGAUUACUAUGUUCCACUUUUUCAGAGAUUCCCUGUUGUCAGAUGAAGCUGACAUGGAAUAAAAAUUUGCACCAUUGUUGCAGCUGGAUAGCUCAGUUGGUUAGAGUGUUGUCCUGAUAACGCCAUGGUUGCAGGUUCAAUCCAGCUACGUAUUCCUGCAUUGCAGGGCAUUAGACUACCAUGAUACUCUGGGUCCCUUCCAACUCUAUGAUUCUACGGAGAACAAUAUGUGUUGAUUACCAGCGUGUAUGAAUGCAGACAUUUCUGUGGCUCCUUCGGGAGCCACCUCAGACACUACCCCGAUUGUCUGAAACAGGAUUUCAGGACUUGGGAGACAGUAUUGGGUAAGGUCUGCCUCAGAAGCUUCUGCCUGUAGUUCUAAUAGUCAAUAGAAUUGGAAGGGACACCAAGGGUCUUCUAGUCUGGAACAGAGCAGUAUAGAAACUUUUCUUCUGGAGGGAGGAAGAGGGUGAGAAUUCAAAUGCCGAUUUGCUGACAAGGAUCCCCACAUUGCAUGAAAUGUUUAUUUGGUCCUGACAGGUUUGCUGUGCUGUGCUUUCUUUCAAUAGUCCAAAUGGUCAGGUGUUUAUACAGUCUGAGCCAGAAAGAUGGAACAGGCAGGCUGUUGCUCACGCUAUUUUCUCUUUUUAGAGGCAAAUGUGUUUUGCCUUUCUGUAAGCAAAGUGUGAAUUGCCGACACAGAGAAACUUAGAUAUAUGUAAACGUGCAUAAAUCACAACUGCGGAUUUGUACAAAAUGGGCACUGGUGGUAGUUGUAACAAAUGCAUACGCUGUUUUUCCCCUGAGAUCUGCCCAUGCCUUCAAUAAUUUUGCGUACUAAGGCGGCUUCCGGACUGUUGCUAUUUUCAAAUCAUUCUCUGAAAAGUCUUUGGAUAAAAGUUCACUUUCCAACAAGUUGUUUACUUGAAGCUUGUCUUGCCUUGUUGUGAUGCAUGAGUUCCUUGUCAAGAUCAGAACAGGACACCAUUUUGACCAGGAAUGGAUUUAGUAAACUGGCUAAAGAUAACCCGGCCAGGUGUCUACGAUUUUCAUAGCAUGGUGCUGUUACUAAUAUGUCCCUAAACUAUACAAUUGAAAGGAGUACUUUCCGGUGGCCUGACCUGGGGUUUGUGAUUCUAAUACUGUAACACACCACCCCAAUCUCAAAGUGGUGAGAUUCCAAGGGGUUCCAGGUGCUCACACAGGGUUUGUGCUUCCAUUUGGGAAUGAGGCACAGCAGAGACUGUGGUGUCUUUAUGAUAUAUGGUUUAUUUACACAUAUAUACAACCUGAGCAUGUGAUGGAGGGGGUUCACAGCAUUAACACCCGCAAAGGGGUAUUAUUUCUCUUGUAGCCCAGCCUUGGAUUCAAACAGAAAUCAACAAUUGCUCUGCCUUUUCAGCCUGCAGCUUUUCUUCCAGCUUCUGGCUCACGUAACUCCUAACUAUCAGCUCUGGCUUUAUUCCUUCUCAAUAUCUGCAAGCUGAAGGACCUAUUUGCUGUCACCCACAGAGCACCUUCCUUUUCCCUCCUUAUACUUCACUGGGAGGGUAGUCUGGCUGUUUCUGGAAAUUUGAAGGCCUUAUUCUUGCAGGGUCCAGGGAUUAAGUGACUGACAUCCAGUUUAACAGCGCAAGUCUUGAUUAAAUUCUAACACUUACUGGAUCCAGGGAUUCAGAGGAGUCUGGCACCCACACAAUACUAUACUACUACUAAUUAUAAUAAUGGUGGUGUUGCUGCUGUUUAUUAUCUGGUCCACCAACACUCCCAGUACAGUGGUACCUUGGUUCUCAAACUUAAUCCAUUCCGGAAGUCCGUUCCAAAACCAAAGCGUUCCAAAACCAAGAUGCACUUUCCCAUAGAAAGUAAUGCAAAACAGAUUAAUCUGUUCCAGAUUUUUAAAAACAACCCCUAAAACAGCAAUUUAAUGUAAAUUUUACUAUCUAAUGAGACCACUGAUCCAUAAAAUGAAAGAAAUAAUCAAUGUACUCUUCCAUAAAAUGAAUAAGAUAGUAUUGUAGAUGAUAAAAAAUAAAAUUAAAAAAAUUUCUUACCUGUACUGAUGAUUGUCAUUAUUUGGAUGGGGGCUUUUAUCCAUUUCCACAGUCACACAAUCAACCAACCAAUCAGUAGCUGAACUGGGUUCCACACAGUCACAAAAACAAAUUAACCGAAAAAGCCUCAAAACAAAAGGGCAAAAUAAAUAGCAAAAACAAAAGUGCCAAACUUAAUCUGUUCUGGAAGUCUGUUUGACUUCCGAAAUGUUCAAAAACCAAGGUGCAGCUUCUGAUUGGUGAGGUGCCCCCAAAACAAUAGCUGACAGCCGCAUCAGACGUUUGGCUUCCGAAAAACAUUCGAAAACCAGAACACUUACUUCCAGGUUUUCAGUGUUUGGGAACCAAGGUGUUUGAGUACCAAGGCAUUUGAGAACUAAGGUACCACUGCAAUUUUAAAGUGAGCCACUUGGAGGUGAUGAAUCACAGAACCAUAGGGCUUAUCUAGUCCAACACCCUGCAAUGCAGGAAUCUCAACUUGAUCAAUCAUACAUGACAGAUGGCCAUCCAGCCCCUGCUUUAAAACCUUCAAGGAAGGAGAAUUCCCCACCUCUCAUGGGAGUCUGCUCAACCCCCGAACAGCUCUUGCUUCAGAGUUAAGAAGUGCUGAUUUAGAAUAGUUUAUUGAUCUCAUCCUUCAACAGACGUGCUUCUGAGAUAGCUAAAAAAAAUCCCCAAAGCUAAACCAGUGAGAAUCAGAAAGCGCAGCAGGUAACAGAUCACACUUAAGUUUACUUUCAGAGUAAAUUAUUCAUUUGUACAGGAGCAUCUCAGAUCAUAAUAUUCCAUCUAAAGCUCAAAGACAAAUUAGUUUUUCAGAGGUCACAAACUGGUAAAGAAUAAUUGUGAGAUUUAUUGUCAGCAGUGGUAUUUAAAAGCAAGCCUGCAAGAAGGUGGACAUUACUGAAGGCGCAAAUAACAGCAUCUUAAUAAAUGGUUUGCAUCUUUGCUGCCUGACAGUUUGGGUGUCUACUUUCUAAGGAGACCCUUUGGAAAAUAGGCUGAAACAGAGUACACCCAUUUUAAAUUUUAAAAUAAUGGGUGAUAGCCAACUAAGCGCUACUCAGAGAAGACUUACUGAAAUAAAUUGGUUUAUCUUACUUAAGUCCAAUGGGUUACUCUGAGUAUGGCUAACACUGGAUAUGGCUCAAUGAACUUUCAAAUUGACCAUUUUUCUUGCUUGGGUCAUGAAGUUUGAAUGGCUGGAGUUAAGUUACCAGAAGAAGAAUCUAUGGAAUGACUAACUCCAGCUGCAUAGCAUGUCACUUUCACUUUCCUAACUGCAGAAAGGCUGUGUUGUUGUUUUUAAAGUGAAGUUUUUGCACUAGGGCUCUUUAAUCCACCUUAAUCCUAAAUUUCCAGUAUAUGCUUGAAUCACUCCUGCUAAAUACUGACAGUAUUUAGUAUUCCCAUGCCCCAUUUCCACAUGCUCCUUUUCAAGACGCCCUCCACACCUGCUCACACACCCACACUUUAUAGGUGAUUGGUGCAAUUUGCCAUUUAGCAUGGGGGUGAGGUGCUGCUGCUUGGGAAACAUAAGCCCAAGGUCCGCUUGGACACACUGAAGCAACUUUGCAGUUAUUUGGAUCCCAGCCUGUGCUCUGGGGCACAGCCACAUAGGUAAGACAUAUACAGCCACAUACAAAUACUGUAUUUACUCCAAUUUAAUGUUCACCUCUUUUUGGCCAAAUUAUGUUGCAAAAAUUAAGGUGUGCAUUAGAUUUGAUGGCACAUUUACAUUCGCCAGCAAAUACUUUUUUUUGGUUUCAAGGUUCUGAAAACUGAGGUGCGCAUUGGACUCAGGUAAAUACGGUAUUUAUGGUUAGGCUGACUGGAAGAGAGAUUGUUCUUUUCUUUUAAAGGUAAAGGGACGCCUGACAAUUAAGUCCAGUCGCAAACAACUCUGGGGUUGCAGUGCUCAUCUCACUUUACAGGCUGAGCGAGCCGGCGUUUGUCUGCUUCCACAGACAGUUUUUCCGGGUCAUGUGGCCAGCAUGACUAAGCCGCUUCUUGCGAAACCAGAGCAGUGUACGGAAACACCGUUUACCUUCCCACUGGAGCGGUACCUAUUUAUCUACUUGCACUGCAUGCUUUUGAACUGCUAGGUUGGCAGGAGCUGGGACUGAACAACGCGAGCUCACCCCGUCCCAGGGAUUCGAACUGCCAAAUCUUUUCUUCUUUUUUCUUUUCUUUUGGAAAAUAUAAAAUGCAAAGCUGUAACAUACAGAGCAUGGCUACAUAAAACAGAAAUUAAGAUAUAACCAAAAUUACAAAUAUUUAACAUACACUGGGUGCUCCAUCAUGGCAUGUUUAACCCUACUCACUCAUUCAAUUUGCACCAAUGAGGCCUAGAUUUGAAAGUUCCUUCUCUGUAUGGGCAGCAGCAACAGAAGUGAUUCAAUUUAAUAUUACUAGCUUAAGUACCUUGGCAUUUGAUUUUGGGAAGCCCCCCUCUCUAGACCCCUUUCCCCUGUCAGGAGCUUGUCCUACACUUGAGUAGGACCCUGGCAGAGACACACGCCCGACUGGCAUGUUCUUUCCCUCCUGGUCUUUCGUUUGAGAGCUUCAAAAGCUUUCUUCAGCCUGAACAUCACAGCGACCGAUGUUAACAGACACCGGCACACUUAGGGAUCCGCAGAGCCUUUGCAGUUUGUGUAACAGGCCUCAGCAACUCAGCAUUUUGGCUAAUCUACUUUAUUUACAUAUAAACACACACGGAGCACUGCAACAUGGCUCCCUCUCUCUCUAGCAUCAGACAGCAAAGUGAAAGAACAAAGGACACAGUAACACAAACAUCCUGCCUCCGUCACUUCCCACUCUGUGGAGUCAAAACAUACACCGUCAUGUGAUAGACAAAAAUCCCAUGACUGCAGUCAUGGAGCAGGAAUUCUAGCAUCCCCAUCCCUCAGCUGCCUUGUUCAAAAUGGCAAGCCAGCGGACAGAUAAGAGAGACCUCUGUUUAGUCUUACUGCCUCCCAUCCUGGAGUUUCCCUUCACUCAGCCAACUUUGCCUGGUUGCAUCCUCUUAGCAUCUGCCUGUGAUUAAAGAAAGAUAAAGUUGGGCCAGAUUGCUGGCUCACCAGCCUUUUAGUUUUAAUUUCUGUUAUUGAUAUUGACCUCAGGUCUUGCCUGACUUUUACUUUCAUUUGAAAGUAAGGAGCCUGUUUCCAUGGUGACAAAUGCUGGGCACUGUGAUAAAGCAAAUUGCUGAUGAAAUAAAUAAUAAUUAUGGGCUUCGGUUUGAAAAGUAUUAUUUUUCCUUCCAUUCAAAACUAUCAGUGGGCAAGAUUCUUCAUGCAGGCUUUAUUCCUUCCUGGUUUGGGUCCAGGGAAAUAAAGUGGAAGGGCUAUUUACCCUUGUUUCCACCUCUAAAGUAAAAGGUAAAGGUACCCCUGCCCGUACGGGCCAGUCGUGUCCGACUCUAGGGUUGUGCGCUCAUCUCACUUAAGAGGCCGGGAGCCAGCGCUGUCUGAAGACACUUCCGGGUCACGUGGCCAGCGUGACGAAGCUGCUCUGGCGAGCCAGCGCAGCACACAGAAACGCAGUUUACCUUCUCGCUAUAAAGCGGUACCUAUUUAUCUACUUGCACUUAGGGGUGCUUUCGAACUGCUAGGUGGGCAGGAGCUGGGACCGAAAGACGGGAGCUCACCCCGCCGUGGGGAUUCGAACCGCCGACCAUACGAUCAGCAAGUCCUAGGCACUGAGGUUUUACCCACAGCGCCACCUGCUUCCCGUGUUUCCACCUCUACUGGGCGCUAAUAGAUGUUGUUGUAUGUGAAGCAGAAUCUUCAUUUUCUGGGCACCCUUGAAAGAGUCACAAUCUCCACACAUGGGGAAAUCCAGAACAGGAAGCCAUAUGGGGAAGGUACAACACAGUCUGCAGAAGGCAAGAUAUGAGAAAAAGAGAUUCGGUUCUAUUUCUCUUGCAGAUGUUUCAAAGUCAUCUAUUAUUUUGCCGUUUUUCAUCUCAAGUAACACAUGGUAGUGGUCCCAUGUGGCACAAGGGUCAGAGGCAAAAGCAUGUUGAGCACUUAAAGUGACAUUUACCUUUGUAGGCUUACAUUCACGCACUCCUCUCUGUCUUUCAUCCAGGCAAGGAAGAGGCAUUAUCCAGCCAGGCAAGAACACUCAAGGAGGGAGUGAAGCAGGACUAGUGAGAGGUGUGGUCUGGCAAGAGGGGGUGUGGCCUGUGGAGAGUCCUGAGGGAAAGACAGACAUGGAGUUAAGCUUGCAGUCAGGUGCCCAAUCCUGUCACAGAGUGAACCAGCCGCAGCAAAUUACAUCGUUCAGAGUUGGAGUUCACAAUUAGCAAAAACACAAUCUUCACAGACUUGGCUGAGCAUCAAGCCUAAUGAGCACAGCAGCUCAUCCCUGGUAGGUCUUAUGAAAUUAGUUGCCAAGACUGAAAGACCCCACUUCCCCACAACCAUCUAUAUGUCCUUCUCUCCAGGGUUUUUUCCAAGCAAUCGGAGACUACGCCUGCCUGCAGCCUGUCACUGCUCCACCCAUUUCAGCCCUCUCCUGGUUCUGGGAGACAGGUAGGCGGCAGAGAUACCCACGACACUGCACCAGCCAAACUCAUCUUUGCGUCUUGGCCUCCCUCCUUCCACCCGCCUGCUUCAGCUUCUGCCUCUGAUUCUGGACUUUUUUCUGCCACAGACUCUCCCCUCUCACUUAGCCCUGUUACCUCUUUGCCUUCUGACCCAUCCUCUUCCCAGUCUUCAUUGAGCUCCAACUCUCAUCCUUCCCAGCUACCAUGGAAUGAUGCAAGUUGUUGUCUGGCAACAUCUGGAGGGCCACCAAAGAUUCUCCAUUCCUGCAAUAACUCCUGCAGGUGCCAUUGCACUUUUUAUUCAGAGGUCCUUGGGUAAAGGUCUUAACUCAGUCUGCUUUUCAUGCAAAAGGUUCCAGAUUAUGUCCCCAAUAUCUCCAGGUUGAUGUGGGAGAGACCCCUGUCUGAAAUCCUGAAGCGCUGCUGCCACUGUAGAUAAUACAAUGGUCUAACUCGGUAUAAGGAAAGGGCCCCUUGUUGUCUUAAACCUAUGCACACAAACAGUUACUCUGGCAUAACAACCCAUUGGAUCCACUUUAGCCUCUGUUUUGUUCUGUUUACACCGCAGGAGUGAAAUCAGAGGUGGCCUUGGCUCUGAUUUGACAAGAUCAAAGGCUCUUGCUUCUUUUUAUCCUCAGAUAAAUGAUUGUGUGAAUAAUGUUAUCACCCCAGGAUGGUGCUCACAUUUCUAUACAGAAAACACAGUGACCUAUUAAUGGUCAGCAAGGAAGUGUGGCUGAACCACCCUAGAAUUCCUUUGUUGUGUAAUGGAAUACGUUUGGUCAUGGGGAAUAAUUUUAUGCUCGCUGCCAAAUUAUAACACAUGGCUUCAACAAAGAGAGAGAAAUCAGUCUGUUUAAAGCCCCUCAAAAUAUCACUGCCAAGAAAGUUGAGGGUCCCACGGAAUGUCACUUGUCCUUUUUUGUGGUAACUAUGGAACCAAAACACAGCACCACAAUGGAGCUUUUGUAGAUGGUAUCUGCAAAGUGACGAUGGGCCGAGUGGGCAUGGGAACUGAACAGACGCCACAUCCUUCACAAUACCCCCUUCAUCUCAUGGAUGAAGAGGUCAGGCAAGGCAUUUUAGAGGAACUUGUGCUUCUCUUGCCUGGGCCACACCUGUUUGCAGAGGCAAGGCGAAAAUUCAUCACGGCUAGCACCCUUCAGGAGACAGGAGAGGGCAGGUGUAAUGUUGGCAUCUCCUGGAAAUCAUUUAACCGAGAGAGGCCCACUGUUUACCUCCAAACCUCAACCUGCCACUUUCCGCCUCUCAUCUGCAAUGUGUCCAUUUGUCUUGCUUUGUAAUCUACAGAUCAUCUCGCUGACAAGAAACCCUCCUUCCCCCAGCCGCUGAAACUCGAAACCUGGAAAAUAACAUGGCAGGAAACUGUUAAUCUCGGGUUUUAAAAUAUAAGCUGCAACACACAAAGCUUGCCACUGACUGUCCGCCAAGUUCCUGGUGCUUCAGCCUUUUGGACUGCCAGUGUCUGUCACUACCCUGCCAGCAAAUAUGCCUCAUUCUAUUGUCCUGCCAGGCAGGGAGAAAAAAAGGGCAACAGUAACUUCAUCCUCUAUUCAUCAGCAAGAGAGGACAGUUUUUUUAUGUGCCUUUAUUAUGGAUGCUAAUUUCCUAGGGGUAGGCAGCUGUAAUGUUUGAAUAAAAGCCUUUCGAGAGAGGACGGGGAGCAAAAAUGGAACCUAUAAUUUAGCAACCAGGUGUGUUGCUGAACUUUGGGCCUAAGAGUCGUGAUGCAUUGUUCUGUAUUUAUUGAAGGAUUGCAUGGAAUGUGGAAAAACACUGAGCUGGAGAGUUUCUCUGAAAACUACAGUAAAUCUUUAGUGGCAGUGCCAUCCCAUGCGUGUUUACAAAGAAGUAAAUUCACCUGUGUUCAAUGGGACUUACUUCCAGGUAUAUAUGCCUAGGAUUGGAGACUUACUUGUGUCUCUUCCUAAGGCCUUCAGCUGUGUCAAAUUUGACUUCCUGGGAGAGCAAUACAAAGGUACCUAGAAGCAAGAAAUGAAUGCACAGUGCAUUCAGAACAGCAAAUUUCAAGGACUCCAUUGGAAGUCAGUGGUCACAUCCACACCAUGGCUUCCCCUAAAGAAUCCUGGAAACUGUAGUUUAUCCCUCCCAGAACUACAGCUCCCAGCACUCUUGACACACUACAGUUACCACGGUUCUUUGAGCUUUAAAUGCAUGGUGUGGAUGUAACCACCGUAUAUUAAAUGGUCUGUAGUAAAAGUAGUCAAGUUACAUAAAGAGAAUAAACUGACUCAUAUUGAAAGUUUCUUCUUUUUAAGAUAACUUCCACACCAGGUUCAUUAGCAUUGCCGGGGCACUGUUUUUCUGCAAUCAACUGGAAGCAAAAUUAAAUGGGAGUUCUACACUACACAACCCAUACCCCCCAAAAAAUAUCCAACAAUGCUUGUACCCACAGCCCAAAACCACCUUUGUGCUUAAAUUAUAGCAAAAGCUAUGUUUCUCCCAGCUGCUGUCCCUUUAAUUACUAGGUUCCACCAUGUCCGUUCCAGGCAGCAGUUUCUGCCACUGUAAUUAGUUGUUUCCUGUUACUUCCAUAGCUGCAGCCUUCCUAAUUUGGUCCUUUAUUAGUCAGAUGGUCCUCUUCCAUUUGAGGAUGGGGGCUUUAUUUUCUGGUUUCAUCAUUGCGGGCAAAGAAAUUGCUCCUUGCUUUUUAUUUAACUCUUUGGCCUCUUCAAGCCAAAGCAGGGCUUUAUUUAACUCUUCAAGCAGGGACUUUCUUGUGUUCUUUUCAUGUGUUUCUUCCUGCUCACUGAUCUCAGAAUCACAGACUCAUUCCUAUUGUUCAUUCAUUUAUUAACAUCCACCAGAUUCCAUCUGGGAAGGUAAACCAUUAACAGGACACUAGUGUGAUGUAGUGGUUAAGAGUGGUGGACUCGUAAUCUGGUGAACCGGGUUCAAUUCCCCGCUCCUCCACAUGCAGCUGCUGGGUGACCUUGGGCUAGUCAUACUUCUCUGAAGUCUCUCAGCCUCACUCACCUCACAGAGUGUUUGUUGUGGGGGAGGAAGGGAAAAGGAGAUUGCUAGCUGCUUUGAGACUCCUUCGGGUAGUGAUAAAGCGGGAUAUCAAAUCCAAACUCUUUCUUCUUCUUCUUCUUCUAUUCAUUUGAAUGAGCCUCCCUUGUAUUGUGGAAGGUGAAGAUCAGACUGUCACUCAAACUAAAUCCGAUGUAAAUAAAAGUUCAGAAGGUGAAGCAUUCCUGGAGAAGUAAAUGGUUCAGAAAGAAUGAGUUGGGGCAGCCUAAGAGUAGUUAUAAUGCUUUUUAUUAUUUAAAAAUAAUGGAAUACGUAUGAGCAAUGUGUAAGCCAAAAACAAAAACAAUAAGUUACUGUUUAAGCUCACUGAAGAAGGAAGUAUGAAGCAUGAGAAACUUCAGAAGUAACUGGCAUAUAAAUAUCACUUACUGUUACAAUGGAUGAGUGGAGGAGUCAACAUCACAGCUGCAGAUGGGAUUACAGACAAUGCAAUGUUUGAUGGCGAUGUGAAAUUUAAAGCACUUUUAUUCUAAUUGUUAAUUAUCUCAGGGACCAUUUUGUAGCAUGCUGGGCCAAGCAGAACAGCAUGAAUCACUGUCUAGCCUUAAUAUAAAUUAUAAUGCAGCUCAUGUCAAUGAUGGGAUGACAUAGACAAUUUUAUAAAGGCAUAUCUCCUGGCAUUAUUUAUUUGGGUGUUUCUGACCUACCAAGGCUUUUUUUAAAAAAGCUUGGAUUGGCUUUCUUUGGACACACUGUAUCCUUUUUUAAGGAUAUACGAGCUCUUGUUAUUAACUUUUGUAUCAUGCUUAGUCUUCAUUGCUCAAAGUACAUGAGCAAAUGUAUGCAGCAGAUCUUGUCUUUGAGAAGAGCAUUGUCUCAACGUGGGUUUUUGUAUUGAAAUUACCUGCCGUGUAGCAAACUCAACCAGCUGAAGAAUGUAAUUGUAAAGAUCCAUUUACACAAACAUGGCACUUGUGGUAAGUGAAUUAGCUCUCGAAUAUCGAAUGCACAAUAUAUUUUUCCAGUUCAUGUCUGGCUUUCAUGAUGCCUCAAGAUGGAAAAAAAGAAUCUCAUCGCUGAGCCACACAACCUGAAAGCAUCAUUACAGUCAGAUUUCCAUUCCAAUAAACAUGUUCAUCCAAUGACCAGGACAGAACCAUUGAGUCAUGCAUCAGGUGACUCACAAGUGCAAGAUGGUGCCAAUAUAAAUUUCUGACUCUCCUAACCAGACCUAGCAUGGUCUUUGCCCAUUCCUAAAUGUUCUUAUCUGCUUUUCAUUUUACCAUCAAUCCAUCUGUUCAACCUUUUUUGUGGUACCCACCUUAACUAACGUUCUUAGGAUGCUUUGGGGGUUCAUGACCUUUCAGUAAUGGGUAGGGGGCUGCCAAGUGGGGUUUAUGGAUUUUUACCCCAUAAUCUGAGAAUUGUCUCCUAGUGCUCAGUUUGCUUUGCCCCUUAAGUCUUUCUCUUGACUAAGAUUAUUUAGGGUUGCCAUCUCUCUCUCUUUUUAUUGGUCUUGCUCCCAUGUGUUUAGCAGCAGCCAGCCUGAUGUACAGAAAUAUAAAUUUAUGCUGGAUGCUGAAUCAUGUGUGAUGCACUGCGCCCAAAGCACAGAUCCAUACAGGAACAUAAUUUUCUUAACUACAGUUAUUCACUGAACAAUUACUCCUUCUGGCAGCAAACUCAAGCUGUGAGUGCUGAUAGACAUGUAUCGAGAACACUGAGGAAUAAAAGGGAAGUAUCAGCAUGCUUUGGGGGAACCCCAAGAUUUGUGAAAGUAGGGGUGAGAUAAGGGGGCACUCCCCCCAAAAAAAAUCUGAGUGAGGACUAAGCAUGCUUAGUACCCACAGAAUGUUGAGUGUCUGUCAAAAAAUAAAACAGAAAACAAGAGGUGUGAGAUUGGAUUGCCUUAUUUGAGCCUCUUGUCUAAUAAUUUAGACAUAGAAGGGCAUUGCUAUGUCCUGCCCCAAAUAGACUCGGAGCUCCCAGGAAAGCAGGCUAUAGUUGCAGUCCUCUGAGCCAAGAGGCAUAGCAGCCAAUGUAGAAGAGUCACUUUCAUCAAGGUCAGGUUUCCAUAGGCAAUGCGAAGGUAAGCUUGGGCAAAGUGAAGUCUUGAUCACAAGGCCCAGGCUGUUUUGCAGAGCAGAAUAAGGUAGAAUUAGGCAACACUGAUCAGGACUUUGGACAGAUCACCAGUUCAAGGUUUCUCACCUAUAACAAUGGGAGCUGUUGCUUCAGCAAGGGUGCAAAGAUCUUCUGAGACCAGCCUUGUAGUACGGUUGACUCUGCUUCCACUGUUAAGAGUAUUAAAGUUUCUGGUUAUAAUGCAAGGACCAUAGGGAGAGAGUCUUCUGAAACUGGUGAGACCGGUUAAGCCACAUCUUCUAAUCUGGAAGGACCAAGUAGGGGGAAUGAAGACCCCUUGCCCAGGUUGGUGGGGUUUUUUUUGAGUAGUCAUAUCUAUCUUGGUCCACAGUUAGCUGCUGCAACCACACACAUUCCUACAAAUUGCUUUCUUUUCAUGGGUGGUUGGUUGCAAUGCAUACAUAACUGGACCAUAGAUUAGCAGGGUUCAGGAAGCUUCAUCAAUUCUCAAGGAUAGUGAUAAACAGGAGGAGGACCCACCAGUAGAUCAUAGGCCAGUUUCUCAAGGAAGGAGAAAGACAGAGGCAGAACCAUACCAAAAGAAAAACGAAGGGGAGGCGAGUCUUAAUCUGGUAUUAGUAACAUACUAUAAAAAGUGGGAUUCCCCCCCCCCCCAUAAUACAGUGUUACUUUUAAGCUUGAGGCUUACACCUGCCUCUUCCUUUGUUUUUUUUCCGGUCUCUGGUGGUUCCAUAGUGCCCGCUAGUUGCUGAGAUUCAGGCUGAAGCAGCUAGAAUAAGUGGACCUAUUUAUUGGUCAAAUGUAACAAAGUGCUAUGCUAUAUUCUUAAGCUAGGGUGCAUGCUCACACUCACUUAACACCAUUCAGGUAUGCCUUAACCAUGAAGCAAUCUUGAGUAUUCACUCUUGCUUUAUAUAUUGCCAGGAGCUGCUAGAAACCUUUGGCUGUGUUUGUGGUUGCCCCUCCCACUGCCACCAAUGUAUCAGAACAGUGACUUGGAACAACUUUCAUCAGGGAAGUCCUUUCAAGUUCAGGACUGGCACCCACCUAUCCAAGCUGGUCAUUGAGCCCUCCUGGACAGGAAGUUUUGUAAAGGGCUUCCUGUCUGGGCUGGGAGUUUGCCUGAGCAACGAGGUCUUCCUGGCUCCAGUGAGUUUUUCUGUUCUGACUCCAUGGCUCAACUGCUAAUUUCUGGCUCACUUCAGGCUGCCGUCUGUGGCUCAACCCUGACCCAAAUUUUUAAAAACAUUGGUAGAGGUAGGCUGCACACACACUAUAUCUUUAAAGCACAUUUGAAGCACAUUCUUUCCCUCAAAGAAUUCUGGACACUGUGGUUCACACCCCACAGAGUUGCAGUUUGCAGCAAUCCUUAACAGACUUCACUAUACAGAAAUUCUUUGAGGGGGUAAAUGUGCUUAGCCUGUGCUUUAUAUAGUGUAUGUACACAGCCUACUAUUUCUGCAAUAGAAGAAAUGAAUUAUUAGAUGCACAUAUACUUUGAACAUUUUUACUAGUUAUUUAGGUUAAAACUGCGUAUUGAGUUCUAUAGCAAGCUAGACUUGGGCCAUUGGGUAGCUCAAAAAACUUUUUAAAAAAUCACACCCAAGCCAAUGAUAUUUUUUGAAGAUAUAAUCUGAGCAGAUAGUUUUGCAGAGCCCCAUGGCUUGAAAUACUCUGUAGUCAAAGAGACGCAAUUGUCAUUCUACAUUAAUGCUUCCCUUGUUACUGCGCAGGGAGAGUUAUUCUCACUGCAAAGCAAUUCUUAUGAGCCUCAGAGUCUCUGCCAUUCUCCCCUGCUUCCAUGGGCAACCUUUAAAUUGACAAGGUUCAUUUUCUUGUCCCUGAAGACUUAAGUUUUGAAACAAAUCAGCCAGCAGUGGAAGAGGUCCAAAUGUUUCCUUGUUAAUAGAGUCUGAGAAGUCUGCUCCCAGGAUAGUAAGCUUGUCUUUAAGAUUCAUUACAGCUUGACCAUGUAACUUGCUGGCUGCGCUCACACAGCAAUUCGUAAAAUGAUCAGAACAGUAUUCGGUCCCUAUGCAAAAGACUCCUGAAUGGCUUGAACAGGUUUUGGGGUUUUUUACCUGACCCAAGUUCUAGGGCAGGAAAUCAGCAGCACUGCUGUAGCAGUUCUUUCUCUCUUCCCCCACGUGGGUUGCACAAGGUUGCAAACUAUAUCUCAGUCAUGUACUUUCAGCAUUGUAACACCAGUUCUCUAGAAUUCCCUUUCCUUAGAAGUGAAACAAGCUCCAACAUUGUUAGGGAUUUCAUUGUUGGUUUGGAAGCCUUCCUUUGCUCCCAAGCCUCCUCAAGUUAGUCUAUCUUAUCUUUGCCUUUUUAAAUUCUUGCUGGUUUUGAAGUUUUUUUAAAAAAGAUAUAAUAAUACUGUUUUAUAUCUGAACACCACUCAUAUAUUCUGAAAAUCAAGCAAUCAGUGUGGAACUUUAUAUAUUCUGUAAAUCAAGCAAUCAGUGUGGAACUUUACUUGGAAUGGAUCUGCCAAAAACUCCUUACAAUGUUCCCUCUCACUCCAUCUUAUAGCCCAAAUCCUCAGCAGAGGUGUAACUCCAUGACAUUAUCUUGCCAGAUCAACUGGGGAUUGGGAGAGUUUACAGCAAAGUAACUUUAGCUGCAACUGCUAAGCAGCACUGGAUAAUGAAGUUGCCUGCUGUAACCAAAAAGUCGGGGGGGAGGGUGUUUCCCCAGAAGAAGGAAGAGGAGGAAGAGAAAGUCCCACUUACCGUAAUUAAAGUAGAAUCAGUGUGUAAGGCUGCAAUUUGGAAUUGAAUCUUUCAAGACCAGUCCCAUCCACUUUACUAAGGCUUGUCAGGAUUCGGUCUUGAGGAAUAGGGACUAUUUUCAGGUGACACCAUGUGUGCCCAGGAGGGUGACCAAGGAGGGUGGACUGGAAACCAAGCCUUAUGAAGAAUGGUUAAGGGAGUUAGAUAUGUUUAGCUUGGAGAAGAGAAGACUAAGAAGUGAUGUGAUAGUCAUCUUCAAAUAUCUGAAGGGUUAUCCAUGGAAGAUGGAGCAAGCUUGUUUUCUGCUGCUCCAGAGGGUAGGACCCAAACCAUUGGAUUCAAAUAACAAGAAAGGAGAUUCUGAUUAAACAUUAGGAAUAUCUUUCUUAUCAUGGAUUGGGCAAUCUCAAAGGGGGCGGACUCUCAAUGAUUGGAUAUUUUCUAAGCAGAGGUUGAAGGGCCAUCUGUCUGGAAUUAUUUAGCAGUAAUUCCUGCAUACCAAGGGGUGGACUAGAUGGUUUUUGGGGCCACUUCCAAACCCACAAUUCUAUUAUACUGUUAUUCUAUUAUUCUAAUUCUACAAGCAUACUGAACUUUAAUAGAGGGACCCGGAACAUACGAUCAAACCCAAUAUUUGGAAUGAAUUAUGGACUAAAAAUAUAAAAUUCAUGGCUUGCUUCCUUAUAAGGGAAAAUCUUAUGAAAAUGUACUAUAGAUGGUACUUGACCCCUGUAAAACUAGCAAAAAUAAAUAAAUUAUAUAAUAACAAGUGCUGGAGAUGUAAGAAACAGAUAGGAACAUACUAUCAUAUGUGGUGGUCCUGUCUAGGUGGUCCUGUCUUUGUAGAGAUACAAAGAUUUUGGAAUAUGAUUUAUGAAGAAAUAAAGAGAUUGAUUAAAAACUACAUUUAGCAAGAAACCGGAAUAAUUUUUACUAGGAAUUGUUUCAAAUAAUAUUCCCCAAAACAAAACCAGGUUAUUUAUGUAUGCGACGUCAGCAGCAAGGUUUAUAGUGGCAAAACACUGGAAAGAUAAAAAUACACCCACUAAAGAUGAAUGGGUAGUCAAAUUGUGUGAGUACUUGGAGCUUGCAAAGCUGACAGAUGCAAUAAGAGAUAAACCUAAAAAGAUGGUGAAAGAAGAAUGGGAAUGUUUAAAUAAUUAUCUAGGGGAUAAGGGUUCAUCAAUAAAGACCUGGUUAUGUUUAGAAUGAUACCGCAUAGUGAAAUGUUCCCUGACACCAAAAUGAAGGAUUCUAUGGAAUGCAGAUAGAGAGGAUUGAUAAGAAUAAUGAUCUGUUGUGACCUUGACGGAAGCGUACAAUAGACACGCUUUCUUGUGUUUUGGCUCAUCCCCCCUCCCUUUCUUUUCUUCCUUCUCCUUCUUCUUUCCUCUUUCUCUUUUCUUUCUCAUAAUGGCUUAUGUUCUAUGCCAUGUACUCUGUGGUUUUUUGUAGUUUUUUAGCCUUUUCCAUUAUUAUUAUUAUCAAGGAUUUUUCUUUUGUAAUUUUGGUUUAUCUGUAUUUGUUUAAAGCAAAAAAAGGGGGGGGCCUUGACCAUUAAAAAGAUAAGGCCAUUUCCUUUUUUAUGUAAAAUGGGGAGAUGUGGAGACAGCAAACCACUUCCAAAUCUACUAGAGAUGGAUUUCGCACCGAUAAAGCACCAUUCCUAUUUAUAUGCUUGUAUGGUUUGUCAUAGCAAAGAUCUUGCUGUUACAGUACAUCAGCCGCCAGGUGGCAGUCCCCACAGUGCCGUUCCUUAAGUCAUCUGAAACACAAUAAACGUGUUACCUCGCCAAGAAAAAUGUUAUUGCAUUAUCCUUUCCGCAAAGAUUAGUUUUUUUCUGGGUGCCUGCGGAAGUUUUCGAGGUUCCCGUACCUUUAUGUAGCUCACCAGAGCUACACUGUGUAUUUUCUUUCCUAAAUAGUUCCAUGUGGUUCCUUGUUUAGAUUAUUGCACAUUUUCCUCAUUGUCAUGGGACCAGCUCCAAAAGCCUUUGAGGGGACGUGCACCUUCCCUUUUACAUUCAUAGAAGGAUACAGUCCCCAGGGGGGCGUUGAUAAAAAGGUGGCAUUUCCACCUUUCUUCUGAAUUUGUUUGUGGCUCCUUUCUAAAUGAAAAGAGGGUGAAAGAACUGUAAAGGUGAUAGCAGGAAUUCUACACAUUUUAUUUCUUUGGUCCUGGUAUUUGGCAGCAGACAAAGCAAUGGAUACCAUGGGUCCACCAGUGGAGUAUAAGUGGUGUGGUAUGUGUGGAAAACAGAAGGCGAGACUUCACUCUUGUGUCGAUAAAGGACCAAUGCACGUAUUGUGGCUGCCAUAUAGAGAUGGCUCUAAACUGCUACACAUGGAGCUAUGUCACUAGAUUAGUGAAUCAUAUGAAAGCAACGUCCCACCAUAUGAACUGGGUGCCUUGCAACACGCACCCCCCAUUUAAUGUUCUGGAAAAGUUGUGUUACCAUGAGGGCAUCUUUUUGCAAAUUGGUAGCUUUUGUGUCAUUUUCUUUGCUGGGUCCAGUCUACUGAGUGCACUUAAUUGCAUAAAGUAUAGUAAGAAUAAGGGAGGAAAUAAACUGUCACUUCUAUAGAAGGGAGCAUCUCUAAAAAAGUAGGAGGAAAGAGGAGGAAGGACCUGAGAGAUCACAACCACUCGCAGGUCCAGCCCUACCAUUAGACAGAGUGAAGCAGCCACACCAGGGCAGCAAAUGGUUAGUUAGUUAUUUGGUUUUAUUUACGUUAUUUAUUGCAUUUAUAUUCAACUUUUUCUCUCUCCAAGGAGCUCAAGGUGGCACACAUGGUUCUCCUGUUCCUCAUUUAAUGAUCAGAACAACCCUUUGAUGUAGGUCAGGUUGAGAGGCAGUGACUGGUUCAAGGUCACCCAAUGCACUUUGCAGCCAAGUGGGGAUUUGACCCUUGGUCUCCCAGGUCCUAGUCCAAAACGCUAUAUAUUUUAUUGUAUUUUUACUCCCAAGAAAAUGCACAUGGGGUUUUCUUGUGGCACUCAGUAAAACGUCAUCACCACACAAGUGCGCCAUCACACAUCAUCUAGUAUACCUGCAGUUAAGUGACAUGUGAUUUUAUGCUAGGGCGGUUUCUUUACCGCAUCGUCUAUGGCUCAGGAAACCUCUAAUGAAAUGGUGAGGCCGCUACUUGGAUGAGAAUAACAUCGUGUGAAUGACGCACACAAAAUGCAUGUCUGGGAUGCAUCAAGCCCACUUCAAACUUCUGUGUGUACACAGCCUGACAUUGUUUUCACCAUUUAAUGGGCUCUGUACGCUUUUUCAAUAAGUGAAGCAUGGUUGUGAACACAUUUUGCUCAGUCCAAGAGCAGUGGAUUGUUCAAACAUUGCUUUCCAUGACACAUGGAAAGCAAUGUUUUGUGGCUUGUUUUGACUCAGCCUGCUGCUUGUAGGCUCUGUUUAUAAACUGAAAUUCUAUUAUCAAGCCAUGGGGACAUUGCUUAGGUUGCAGACAUUUUACAUAGGUUACAAGAUUAUUGUAAGCAAUCCAUCAUUAUGAUGAUCCCUGCCUUUCAUAGAACUUGUCAAUUUGUCCUUGACAGAACAUGAAAAUGUCCCCUAUAUAUCUUCCGCCUCUACUUGCACAUAUUGACUACAAUCCUGCACUGGUGGGGAGGGAGGAGGAGAUAUGUAGCACCCAAAAAUAGAAGACGUUGAUUUGAAUAAAAUGUGCACCUGUAAAUUCAUAUGUAUAGGAACAAAUUUAGUAUGUGUAUAUAUAUAUAUGUGUGUAUACACACACACACACACACACACACACACACACACACAUAUACAUACAGUAUACACAUGACAUUAGCCACAAUCCACAUUUGUCCUGCAGUUCCUUGAGAAAUACUGCUGUUUGGUGCAUUUUCCCUCCAACUAGUUUCCAUCGUAUUUGAAAAUGUAAGACAUGUUCACUUUGCAGUUAAGCUGAGGUGUGGUGUGUAUAUUUGAGACAGCCGUUGCACAUGUGCAAAGGAAAGUGCAUACUCAGUUUCAGGGGGAUUGCAGGUGCAGGGAAAUCAAACAGGUUUGGUGGAUGGGGGGGUGAAGACAUCUCUGCCAUCUCUCUGGUGUGUACAGAAACAUGCAGAAGUGACUUCAAAUGCUGGGUUGAGGGAGACAACCUCACUGCAUUUUCAACCACUAAUGUGUAUAUAGCCUUAGUUUGCUUUCCUGGUGCUAACAGUUGGUGGGCAACUUCUGGUAGUUUUUAAUCAUUAAACUGGACUUGGACCAGAGAGCCAUUCAAACACAGGGUGCCUUCAAAGAGAGGACUAACCUCUCUGAAGUUGGGCAUGGGGCCACCCUAAAACAGAGUUGAGUGGUCAGAUGGUGUGCAGGAUCCCGUAAGUGACCCUUAACUGCAGAUUGUAAGCCUGUCUGUUUCACUUAGGAUGUUCUGUUAAGAGCCAUGUAUGUACAAUAGAAAUUAUAAUAAUUCUGCACAGAGCUCUGAAAUGUAUCUUGUUUGAUGAAUAUAAAAGCCUUUCCCUGAAAGCAGGCUGUGUUUUCUGACCCUGUUUUCUUAUGUUUUCAUAACCUUCCUUUGUACCAAUCAGUGCUACAAAGAUGAAACAUGAGGACUUUCUCAUGAGAAAUUAUUUCCUCGCUCAUCCUGUGCACGGUGGAAAGUUUGCCAAGUCUUCGGAGACUCCGUGCUCCUGAAGACUCAAUGCUGGCAAACAGACAACAUUUGCAUUUGUUACUCUUAACAGUGUGCAAGCCUUGACACAUAAUGGAGCAACACCUUGAUGUAACUUGAGGACAGGAAGACAAAAUCCAUAGAUGACUGGUCAACACGUAAUGCUGCCAAAAUACAGCAGCAGCAAGUAACAAGGAAGGCACAUUAAUGUUCUGUCCAGACGUUCUUCAGCCUCUGGGGGCUCCAAAAGCCUCUGUAGUCUUUGCCAUCUUUUGGCAAGCAACAAAAGAAAUGCUUUUUUGUUCAGCGAACCUCUUUCCCCUUUUGCUUAUCUGCAUAUAUAUUGGCUUUGCCACCUGGUGGUAAGCAAGGCAAACUGCACACUUGUAGACUUCGAACAGUUUGGAAUUAUUUGUGUGUUAUGGCGAUCCAAAGAGCUGGGGUCAAUUGCCAAGCAAUCUGAGGUGAUUUCUGUGUGGCAACACAUGAGGAGAGGCCUUGGAGCCAUCUCAGCCAAACAGUUGUCGAUUAGCAAAGUGUCAUUUACUGUAACCUUGAAGGAGGAAAAAAAAUGAGUGUCCCAAAUACCACAACCAAUGUACUUCAUGGUAAAUCAGGGGCCACCAGCCAAUUUGGGGCCAGUGGCCACCUUUGGAAUGUUGAGAAAGUAGUGCAGGCGCCAGUCACAAAAUGGCUGCCAUGGGGACAGGGCACAAUACAAAAUGGCAGCCACUUCUAUAUAAGAAUAGUAAAAGAGACAGGAACACGAAAUGGUAUAAUUGUUUUAGUCUGUGAGGUACAAAGGUAUGUGGCAGAGAGAUAUUUCUAAGCACUCUUUGCCAUUACUGAAUUACUUUUGGCGCUCCAGGUGGGACUGAGAGACACUCUUGAUCUGAAAGGCUGGAGAGAUGUUGCCAGUCAGUGAAGAGAAUAUUGAUCUAGAGAUAGACCAAUAUAAUGGUCAGGGUCACUCUAAAGUGGCUUCCUAUGAGUAGAAAAAGAUCGGAUAAUAACACAAAUAUUUCAGGUUGACUUUUUCAUAAGGGGUAGUAUAUGAUCUUUACUGAGCAAGUCAAAGGUUUGGGUAUGUGGUGUGGAUGUGGAGCAUGUUUUGAACCUGUCAGUACUCUGUGUAAUUGAAUUAAGCAGUGUAUUUUCUGAUUUGUGUGGUCCUAUAUAAAUGUGUUUUGAUGUGUUACAGUUCUGCUUUUGGUUACCAUUAUAGCAAAGCAUUUCUCCUUCUGCAAUUAUUAUUUGAAUUGUUUUGUGAUCCUUUCCGUUUGGCUCUUAUGUACUUUGUGUAAUUGCUUUUCUUAUUUUGAAGCAAACAUGAUUUGUUGUAGCUGCUACUGUUGUCGUUUGCUCUUGACUGCAAGCAUGUUUGUGGAAGAGCACAGUAUACAAAUAUUUGUUCGGCUCAAAAUUCCUCUUAUCAUUCUUUCAUUCACUCUUCCACCUCCCUACACUAUGCCCCAAACAAACAAAUAAAGGUUUGGAUUUAUUUGUCCAUGGGGUCUAGGUGUAGUAGAGCAUCUAAGAAGUAAUUGCCUUACAAAGCACAUUGUCAGUAUUUGCUUAUAGUUCCCUGGGGUGUUUAAAUUCCCAUCUGGACAGUGGCUUGUGCCAAAGUCUGUAGGCACCCGAGCUCAUCUUAGCGUGAUUGUUGGAAGAAAUGCACGUUCCAUGAUUGAAUGCUAGAAAAUGAUGGGUCCAAGUGUCUGUUCAUAUGACACAUUUGUGAUUCCUAUGAAUGAUUCUGUCUGUCCUUAAACACAUCCUAGUAUGGCGAAAAUGUAAUGUGCCAAUCAGAGGAUCCAAAACAUAGCCCACUCUUGCCAACUGACUCACAAUGCAAGAUGUGCCCCUCACAACCAGGUCGUGAAACAAAUAGCUAAGCUGCUUCGUUUGAAAGGAGGAUUUGAGACAGAAGAGCCUGGAAUAUCUUUGGCUAUGUCCGUCUGUAAACCAGAUUUGAUUGUUGUCAACGGAGAGCAGACGACCGUCAUGGAUGUUGCCAUCAUGGCCGAGCAAUCAAUAGAGAGUGUGGGGCUAGCUGCAGAAAGGACGGAAAUAUGGGAGACAAUGACCAACCAGGCAAUUGAAGACUUUGUAAAAAACUAAACUAAACACGUCCAAAUGGCCUGAAGAUAGGCCAUAUACCUUUGUAUCUGUUACAGCAUUGCUUUGCCUUACAAGACUGUCUUUAUCAGACCUCUCGUUACUGUGGCCAGGGGCAGUCCGCCCUGUUUGACCUCCUGAGGCAAAACAGGAAGGUGCUGCCCUCACAAGAUCUCAUGGCAACCCAAAAGCCACAGCUUCUCUUCACUUGUGGGGGGGGGGGCAAAUCUGCAGAGGCAACUCUUGGAUUCUGCCACCUGAGGUGGCUGCCUCAGUCUGCCUCAUUGACAAGGCAACUUUAAAAAGAGUGUUGUUGUGAAAAGUUGCAGCUGGGCACAAGCAUAGUUCCAUAAAAUUGGGCUGUUUCAAUGUUAGGGAAACCAAUGGGAUUAUGCAUUCUACGCACAAGUGCGCAGGCCACCCCUGUAAUAUGGUUCGCAUGUUUUAUUUGUCCACACAAGUGAGUGGUCAAGGAUUGUCACAGAGCCUAACUGUCAUUAGUCACACAGUCCAAAGUUGGAGUUGACUCUAGCAAAAACGCGAUCUCCACAGACUUGGCUGAGUGUCAGGUCUAAUGAGCAUAGCAUUAGAUUCCUGUGGGUCUUACUCCAUGAAAUCAGCUUCCAACACCUCCUCUUUCCAGUCUUCUCCCUCUAACCACUCAUUGUUGUCCCACCACACUCCCUGGACUUUGAGCCUUCAUCCCUUGGGGGUUCCCCAGCUGGUUCCUCCCAUCAUUCCUCUGUGUCCAACCAGUUCAUGACAAGGAUGGCAGGACUUCAGCCCAUACCUAAAUUGGAAUAUUUAUGUAACUGGACAUGUUCUUCUUGCUUUAUGAAGCAUUUAUAGCUUUCAACCUAGUAGGGGGAGGAAAUUAACAAGCACACAUUCCCAUUAAACAGAUUUGUAAACAUUUCAUUGUUGGCUUUUAAUCUGAUUAUUGAUUUCAUCUGUGUCAGCCAUUCUUCUCUGGUGUGGCCAUUAUACAGUUAAGUUUUUGUUUGCUUUUACCGACACAAUUAUACUUGUGCUUUUAGCAGAAAAUGCCACAAUUAUUUAACAAAGGUAUUUGGCUUGAGGACAAGCGAUGUGUUUAUUUAAAUUGUAUCCAUUAAUAAGGAAGGCCUUUAGAAAAAGCAAAGGAAGAAGAUUACACAGCAAGAUUAACUGCUAAAUAGGUUAAUUUUUCUAUUGUGUUUUUUUCCCCUUUACAAGCAUACACAUUUUUCACAAUGCUGUUUGACUUGAAAGAGCUUUCGCUUGCAAAGAUAAACAAACUCAUAUAAGAGCCGGCAGUCAGUGCAUUAAACUGAAAAGAAAAUUAAUUGUGCAGGUGCUAUUACAGCACACAAGGUGGGAAGGUGGGUGUUUAUCAGGCAACUCAGUUUCCUCCCUCACACACAUGCCAACAGAGCUGUGACAGAAGAUGAAGAAGAAGAGGAGGAGGAGGAGGAGGAGGAGGAGGAGGAGAGGAGGAGGAGGAGGAGUGGUGGAGCUUAAUGCUCCGGCGGGGGGGGGGGGGUUGUUUACAUUUGAAAUCCCACUUUAUCACUACCCUAUGUUGUUUCAAAGCGGUCCUAUACAUUUCUAUGCAGAAGUAAGUUCCACUGAGUUCCAUUAGCCUUACUAGAAACAUAGGAUGCUGCCUUAUACUGAGUCAGACCAUUGGUCUAUCAUGCUCUACACCGGUGUUUUUGGACUAUAAUUUCCAUCAACCUUGACCACUGGAUUUGCUAGCGAGGGGUGGUGGGAACCUGCAAGCCACGCAUGGCCUUGUUGCAUGGGGGUUGGGGAGCGAGGCCAAAAUUUGACACCUGCCAGCCCUCAUGCUGCCUUCCCAAAGCUGGAUAAGCAAGGCCUUUGGCAAGGAGGUGCAAGGCUCUGGCGGGGUCCUAGAGCCCUCCUACCUCCUUCCUAACGUUGAGAAAGUGCUGACUAGGCUUUGGGCAGGAGGAUAGAUGACUCUAGGAUCCUGUCAAAGUUCAGCACCUCCUUACCUGUCAAGGAGCUGUCAAAGGAGCCAGGUCAACCACAGGGCAGGCAGACACAGACACAGGAGGCACAGAAUGCAAUUAGCUCUUUAUUAACAGAAAAUACCAACACAGCAGAGUCCCCUGGUUUGUAUUAAUCUAGCUGAAACAUUCCUGACACUUACCACUGGCCCCACCCUUCCCCCUCUAUUUUUUAUCUCCCAAAGAGAUGAAGGAUGCCUUGAAGCAGUGGGCUCCUCCUCUGGGCCUGCCUGACCCAUUGCUCAAGCAGGGAGUCAGAGAGGGAGGAGAAUCAGCAGGACCGGAACACCUGCACUCACAUUGUGACUCUCAGCCUCUAACCCUGUCCUGGAAGACCCUCCUUCUCCUGACCCCCUUGGAUCGCUCAACCCAGCGCCAGAUUUAUGUAUAGGCUAAGUAGGCUGAAGCCUAGGGGGCCUCACCAACCCUCCUGCUCCCCAGUGGGCAGUCACCCCUCUCCCAAAAUUGCAAACCCAAGACUUCAUGCGAGCGCAGGGCAACUCGGGCCUCUAACUCUAGGGGGCCUCACCAGCCUGCCCUCUCCCCAGUGGCACAGUCUCCCCUCUCCCAAAAUUGCCUGUCUUCUGAGCCCUCCCUGGGGAGCUCUUUGGCUCCCAGCACUCUGACUCAUCCAGCCAGUCCCUGACAUUACCUGGCUUUGGUAGGGCUGCAAGUCAAAUUUUGGGCCACAUGUUGGACCACCCUGGUCUAGAGUGACUGGCAGUGGCUCUGCAGAGUUUCAGGGAGGGGGCACAUCCAGCCCUGGCUGGAGAUGCUGGGGAUCGAACCUAGGACUUUCUUUACGCAAAGCAGGUGCUCUCCCAGUGACCUACUGCCCUUCCCAUACUCCCAGGUAAGUGUGUAUUGGAUUGUAGCUUUAAAUGGCCACAUGCCUUUUCAGUAGUGGGGGUGGGGUGGCUCAGUGAGUUCAAGCCUGCUACAGAACAGCCUCUAGUUUUUAAACAUGAGCACUGCAGUUGUUUACAUGAAGGAACCGUUAACAGAUUUCAAUCCAUCUAGAAAUAUUACGGAAGACUUUGCACAUUGUUAUUUAAAUGCUAGGUGCAUUGAUGUGACUAAGCAAAUCAAUAUAGAUAUAUACAAUACAAUGAGAUCAUCAGAGGCUUGCUUUGUGGAUGUGUCACAAGCUCUGUAUUGAAGCACUGAGUGCAAUAUACCAUUCUGCCAAGUCUCAUUUUUAUAAAGGUUUUGCCUAGCUAAGUAACCUCUGCCACAUCUAACCUGACCACAUGAACUUUUGCCAAGUUUCAAGUGAGCAUCGCUACUCUUGGCAAUGCAUUUUCUGCUUUGUCGCUGCUUAUAUGGUGGGUGGAAAUGUUGAGCUAUUUUCAUGGCCAGUUCUGAAAGUAGCUUCCACUGCUCACUUUGAAAUGAUACCUCUAUAAGAGAGGAGCCAGUUCACCUGAUGGCUAAAGGUGUGAGCUGAACUUCAUGCGCAUUGAGUUUUAGCGUGGCUCUGCAGAUAGCCACAUUGCCCCACACCAAAGUGGCCUUUAAAGUUCAGGGGCCUCGAUUCAACACAGAAGUACGCAUGAUUAACCUCAUAGAUAUAACUAGCUUUUCAAUGCAACCUUAUGCAUGCUAACUCAGAAGCAAGUCUCAUUGUGUUCGGUGAGGCUUAAUCCAUAGUAGGCAUGUUUAGGAUUGCUGAAAGAAUGCAAAGAGGAGAUGUGUGGUCUCCAAAGUGUCAACUAAGAAGAUUUAUUGCAGCGCAGUGUCUUUCGGAACACAGGUUCCUUCUCCAGGAGCAAUCUUAAACUUUCAAAUUCUAUGAAGUGGCUAAAGCAGCAUGCACAAAUACUAGCUGCCUAUCAUGAGGAAGACAAGAACAGCAGUUUGUAUUUGCCCAAAGUGCUUUAGUGUACUGUAUAGAAUUUGAAAGUGUAAGAUUGCUCUUGAAAAAGGAACCCAUUUGCCCAAACAUGUUGAGCUGUAAUAAAUCUUAUCAGUUUUCUUCGCCUUAAAAAAAAAAAAUAAGCAAAAGAAAAUCAUGCUUUUCUUUAUGGUUUCUGUGCCUGUCUCCCCUCCUAUUUUGUUUGCUUGUUUGUUUGUUUGUUUGUUUGUUUGUUUGUUUAGUGUUGUCACCUUGACAAUGUGUUGGAUUCUGUUGGAUUUAACACUGCAGCUCAAUAUAUGCUUAGUUAUAAGUACAUUCAACUGCAUUCAAUGGGGAUAACUAACACGUAAGUGUAUAAAACUGCCACUAGAUUAGAUGGAAUGCUGGAGGCUUAUGGUGAUCUAAUAUCUAAUUAUUUGUAGAUAUACAAACAGAGCAUAGCAGAAGCAAGCAGGUUUCUGCAGCAGGCAGCAUCACUGCAAAUACUCCAUCAUAUUCCCCCAAAAAGCAACACAAAGUAAGCAUAGGCCAAUGAUAUCAAAUCGUAUGGGGAACAGCUUUAUUAGAAAAACUAACCAACAAACUGAAACUGACACGGACAAAUAGAAGAAACCACCUUUCCCCGAAUAUGGUUACCCUUUAUCACAUACACAGCCCAACAAGACAACAGCAAGAACCUGCCCACAGCAUUCGAAUCAAUCUGGCUGGCCUGAUCCAAAAACACCCACCCACCCCACUCACACACAAAAACAAAGUUCACCACAGCCAAUCACAAACAAACAGCCACACCCUAGGCCAACCCCAACCUCUCUCACCACCAAAGGAAUGCAAGGAAAUAGUAAAGAGAACCCACACAAGUGACACUGACACAAACCCCCACACAUACACUAAACAGAAUAGUAGCAUUGCCACCCGACCCCACCUCACUCACCAUUCCCCCCCUCCACUUCUUUCCCCCUUUCCCCCCCUAAUGUAACACUAAUGUCUCGACAAAUGAAACUGAUCUGUAGAAAAUGUAACUUGAAAAAAGAGACAUUGCACAUACAGUGGUACCUCGGGUUAAGAACUUAAUUCGUUCCGGAGGUCCGUUCUUAACCUGAAACUGUUCUUAACCUGAGGUACCACUUUAGCUAAUGGGGCCUCCAGCUGCCGCCGCCGCCACGCGAUUUCUGUUCUCAUCCUGAAGCAAAGUUCUUAACCCGAGGUACUAUUUUUAGAUGAGCAGAGUCUGUAACCUGAAGCGUCUGUAACCUGAAGCGUCUGUAACCCGAGGUACCACUGUACUUUUGUAAAACAAGAAAUUAGCGUGCAAUACAAGGAUGGUUUUGUCAACUUAAGCAAAAAGAGAGGAAAAGCCUCAUAGCUUUAUGUUUCAGUCUGAGUCCAAAUUCAGACUAACAACAGUCCCCUCCUCCUUUUCCCCCCUCUCUCACCUACACACGCACAAUGCAGAACUCCGGCUAGUCUCAGAUGCCACCAUUGAAGUUAAACCCUUUUGUUCAGUCCCCGAAAUCACUUUAAACUGAAUCUUACCUCUUCACAAUAACUGAAUUGUGUUGUGGGCCCAACUACAGAUUCCUCCUGGCCUUGUGAUUCUUUAGGGUAGUAUGUACCCCACCAAUCCCAGACCUUCCAGGUGUCCCUAUUUUCCAGUGACAGUCCUGGAUUUACUAAAGCCGUCCCGGUUUCUGAUUUGAUCUCAGGAUGUCUUGAUUUUCCAUGGGACAUCCCUAUUUUCAUCAGGAAAACAUUGGAGGGUAUGGAGUCAUGAGACCCCUGAGACAAGAUACUACAGGGGUGUCCAAACUUCUUUCAAAGAGGGCUAGAUUUGAUGAAGUGAACAAUCCUUUUUUUAGGACUCAAGUUGUUGAGCGCUUUUUUUUUUAGGAUUUUACCCCAGGAGAUAGACUGCCACAGAGGCUGGAUUAAACCUAUCAGCGGGCCAGAUUAGGCCCCUGAAAUGGACUUCGGACAUGCCUGCUUUAGGACAUCUGAACAUAGCCCUAUAUAGGGAAGUUUUUUAAUAUAUACUGUUUUAUUAUGUUUUUCUAUGUGUUGGAAGCCGCCCAGAGUGGCUGGUGCAACCCAGUCAGAUGGGUGGGGUAUAAAUAAUAAAACAAUAAUAAUAGUUUUUGUUAUUAUUAUGGAAUAGGGCAUCCCUAUUUCCAUUAGAGAAAUGUUGAAGGGUAAGCAAUCCACAAAACCCCACCAACACAACUGAUCCACAAGAGAUGUUCCACCAAAAUCUUGGAAUGGAACAAAUGACUAUUCUUAGGCUGAUCAAUAUGUUUGUGCUGCCAAGCUGUGUAAACAGCAAAACAAACACAAUACUGCAGCCUCAACAAUACAUCAAAGUAGGAAUGCCUUGUAAACACUGCUCUUCCUCUUGCCCUAAUGAUCCUCAAGAGGGCCACUAAUUGGAUAGGUUUUGGCAUAAGGCUCCGGACAGACUGUUUUGCAUUCAAGAGGAGCUAGGGAGAAAAUUAAAGUUGCACUCACGUCUGUGUAACUGUGCAUAGGAUUGGCUGCCGCUGUUUAUUCUGAUGGAGGAAAUGGUGGAAGGCCUUGGCUUCUGGUUAUUGUAUGGUGGGGCUGCCUUUGAAAAGUGCUUGGAAACCUAAUUGGUUUAAAAUGCAGCUACCAGGAUGCCAACCAAGGCAGGACAUAAGGAGUGUAUAAUGCAGGCUUUAUAACAUCAUCACAGACUUCCAUUCAGUCUCCAGAUCCAAUGGAAAGCGGUGGUUUUGACCUUCCAAGGUCACACGGUCUGGACCUGGGAAGGUUAAGGAUCACCUUUCUCCCUAUGAACCAACCCACACAUUAAAAUGUUUCUUGGGUGCCCUGUGUUAGCUCUUCAAUGAUGCCAAUGGAGUCUAGAGAGAAAGGAAAUCUUGAUAACACAAGAACAAACUGAACACAACAGAAUAUAGAACUGGAGAAGAAAGAAACGGAAGGAUUUUUGUCUUUUAGGGGCAAAGCUUGUACAUAAGCAGGGUUAGAUAUACAACCAACAUCCUAGAGAAAACUCCCUCCAAACCCCCUCGGACCUACACAGCCUAUCAGAGCAUAUCACGUAUAUGGUAAAAGGCAAGGUAAAAGGUAAAUGACUCCUGGAAGGUUAAGACCAGUCAAAGGCGACUAUGGGGUGUGGUGCUCAUCUCACUUUCAGGCCGAGGGAGCCGGUGGUUUGUUCACAGACAGCUUUCCAGGUCAUGUGGCCAGCAUGACUAAACUGCUUCUGGUGCAACAGAAGCCAGAGCGCAUGGAAACACUGUUUAACUUCCUGCCGCAGCAGUACCUAUUUAUCUGCUUGCACUGGCGUGCUUUCGAACUGCUAGGUUGGCAGGAGCUGGGACAGAGCAAAGGGAGCUCACCCUGUCAUGGGGAUUCGAACCGCCGACCUUCCAGUCGGCAAACCCAAGAGGCUCAGUGGUUUAGACCACAGCACCACCCAUGUCCCUAUCACAUAUAACCACCCUGAUGCCAUUGUGAGUAUGAAUAAUCAUGUACCCAUAUUUAAAAGAACAUUUAGAGGGGGCCAAGGUUGCUCAUGAGGAAAGGUUCCCUACCCUUCUGCUAUUGCUCCCAGUGAUAUGAUGCUGAACUUAGGUUACUUAGAAUCAUAGAGUUGGAAGGGACCCAAGGGUCAUCUAAUCCAAGAAUAAGAAUAAUAUUUUUAUUAUUUAUACCCCACCCAUCUGGCUGGGUUUCCCCAGCCACUACAGUGCAGGAAUCUAACCUAAGGCAUCCAUGACUGACUGCUUAAAAACCUGCAAGGAAUGAGUGUCCACAACAUCCUGAAGGAGACUGUUCCACUGACGAACAGCUCUUAUUGUCAGAAAGUUCUUAGUGAUGUUUCGUUGGAAUCUCCUUUCUUCUCCUUCAAUGGCUGGGUCCUAAAGUUUUGUUGCAUAAAAUUGGUCUCUUCUCUCAUGUUCGUUGGUUUACCUUAACUCUCAUCUCAAAAUAAUUUCGAUGCCUUUCACACAUCCAGUCCUCAAGAAAAUAAUGGCAAGCCCUACUAUUAACAUGAAAUUGAUCACUGAGUAGAUAGGCUUAGGAAUUUGGCCUUUGAUGGUUUUUAUAGGACUUAGCUAGCACAUGCCCCUCAGGGCAAUGAUUAAAACAAAACAAAAACUUGUGGAAUUUGGGAAGUCUAAAGGUCUGAUUAGAUAACCUUAUGUUCUCCCCCCCCCCUUUUUUUUAACUCAGGAAGAGCAAACAGAGUGGCAGUCACAGGUGUGCUUUCCAUGGUGCCUGAAGCUCAAAUCAAAUAAAUCCUGUUCCUGGUCUCCACAGCAGCCACAGAAGUGA